GAGGGAAAGGGGAAAGAAAAGUUUUCAGAGAGUUUCUGGAGGCGGUUCCAAAGCCCCGAGCGCGUCGUCGUCGUCGUCCGGGCGGCCUCGGCAGCGACAGCAGCGCGCAUGGACGCCCUCAAAUCCGCCGGACGGGCCAUAAUCCGGAGCCCCAGCAUCGCCAAGCAGAGCUGGAGCAGCGGCAGGCAUAAAAGUAAGUCCGCGGGAAGGCAAGCAGGCGCGCGCCCCCGUCGCCUCCGCUUCGGAUCUCUUAGCCACAGCUCUCCAAGAGAGAGGGAGAUUGGGCUGCUGCGCCGAUCGCCCUGGUCUGGUCUGGGGGUGCUCCGGGGGUCCCCUGAUUCUGGGCUGGAGCGCGCGAGGUGCAUCGGGGCAGGAUUAUAAUAAGGAGCCGGGGUCACUUCAGGGGCAGGGGCUCCUUUUGUGUAGGGACGGGAGAGGCAGGAAAGAGAAGCGUACGUGACCAGGAGAGCGGCUGCAGCGUCCGGCAGAAGUUUUUGAUGACAGGCUGACAAAAUCGACACACACACACGGAGACAUAAGUACUCAUACCGCCAUUGGAAUACUCUCUCUCUCCCCCCCCCCUUUUAAUUGAGCCGGCUCUUUUUAAAAAUGGUUGCACUAGUCUUACUUGUUUUUGUAAGUUGCCUAAAGUUUUAAUAGAAGCUGCACGGUGCUUUGCAAAAAUAUCACAGUCCAUCUACGCAAGGCUAAGGAGCAACCUAAGAGACCUAGGAACGUCGGAAGCUGCCAUCUACCGAGUCAGACCACUGACCCCUCUAGUUCAGGAUUGUCCACGUUACUGACAGCGGCUCAGCAGGGUUUCAGACGGGGCCCUUCCCAGCCCCACCCGGAGAUGCCACUGGGGCGACUUUCUGCAUUCAAAAUAGAUGUUCUACCACCACUGAGUUGCUUCUCUUCCCCAACUGAAAAGUUGGAGAGGGAGCGAUCAGGGUCAGAGAAACAAAAUAAAAGAGACAAUCCUAUAUGCAAAUCUCAUUGAACUCUGCAGACUUACUCUGCUUCUCAAUAGAAGUGGGCUGUAAGGCAAAUUCCUUUGGAAGUUCUGAUGAAAUAUUAGAGAACUGUUUAGAACAGAGAUGUAGCCUUCUGUAUGUUCUGGUACUCCAUUUCCCAUCAGCCUCAGCCAGCAUGGCCAGUGGCAAUGGACAACAACAUCUGGAGGAUAACAGCUUACUCACUUCUGGUUUCAAAGAGGAAAAUAUAAAGAAAUCGCAAAGUACUGCUACGCUAAGGAAGCAGCAUUUUAAAAUAUAUGAUUCUCAUGCCCUGCUGCAGGGGUGGGUUACCCCUAUCAAGGGCCAUAUUCCCUCACAGGUAAUCUGUCAGGGGCCACAUGUCAGUGGUGGACGGAGGGAGAGCUGUUGUACUCUUAAUGUACAAUUCAUACUGAUGCACAACAAUAAUGAACAGUGUGCUUCAAUAUAGAGCACCCAAAUCUAUGCCUUCCAGGUUUCUUAGCCAGUUCACAGCUGCUUCUGUCUAAAGCAAUGAAUUCUGGGAAAUGUAGUUUGUGAAGAGUGCUGAGAGUUGUUGAGUUAUUCCCUCAAAGAAUUCUGGGCACUGUCGUUUGUUAAGGUUUGCUGGGAACUGUGACUCUUUCAGGGGUGAACUACAGUGUCCAGAAUUAUUUGAAGGAAAUUAUUUGUGUUUUGAGUGUGCUUAAAGGUAUGGUGUGUGAUUUUUUUUUUUUAACGAAUGGUGUGGAUGUGGUCGUAGUUACUAGGUGCUCCCAGAACAUUCACUCUUUCCCUCUCCCCCAAAUUCUGAUGGAAUAUUAAUUAGUGGGUGGGCUGCUGGUGGUAUGUUUUGAGCCCUAUUUGAGGGUUCACUUCUGUCAAACGAUUGUAAUCAUCUUGUUUCCCAGAGAUACUGAACAGCAACAGUCAGGGUGGACAAGACUGGGCUAUAUGGACAAAUUGUUCAACUUGGUAUAGGCAGCUUCUUAUGUUACUUCGUAUACCAGGGAUGGAGAUGCUCUAGAUGUUCUUGGACUUUGACUCCUAUCAGCCACAGCUAACAUGGCCAGUGGUCAGGGAUGAUGGGUGUUGUAGUCUAGCAAUGUCAGUCUCGGAGGGAGGAGUACUUGCUUCUUCAUCUCUGCACUUGAAUAUGGAGUAGAGAGCAUGGCAAAUGCUAUGAUAAUAGCUGCUGCUGUUUUUCAACUUUCUUGUUGUUAGAGGUCAAACUGUCAUGACAGGGAAUGCUUUUUUUGCAGUCAUGAGGGAGGGCAUACAGUGGUACCUCAGGUUACAAACGCUUCAGGUUACAAACACUUUGGGUUACAAACUCCGCUAACCCGGAAGUAGUACCUCGGAUUGAGAACUUUGCCCCAGGAUGAGAACAGAAAUUGCACAGCGGCAGCGGGAGGCCCCAUUAGCAAAAGCGCACCUCAGGUUAAGAACGGUUUCGGGUUAAGAAUGGACCUCUGGAACGAAUUAAGUUCGUAACCCGAGGUACCACUGUAUAUGGCCUGGGGUUCCUCUUAUCUGGUCUAUACAGAUCAAAAUCCCCGAACAGAGCUACUUAAAUAAUGUGAUUUGGAGAAGUGUCUUCUGUACUCAAUUUUUGGGGAACUGGCAUAUUCCUAACAUUUCAAGGGAUGUUGGGGUUGUGCCUGCAUCUGCUGGUCAGGUAUGGUAGAUGGUAGUGAUUCAGAGCUGCAUUUCCUUAAUCGUUUCUGGGCUCAGUCACAGACACUGGAUAUGUUUAUGCAGUCAAUUACGAAAAGCUUUGACCAAAUUAACUUUUUUAUUUGAAGAAAUAUAAAUAUUUUCAUGCUUCAGUUUCCCAGUGAGUUGAAAGUGGAAAUCAUAAACAUCGCUGUCUUCCCUGCCAUUUGUUCCACCUGACAAGUGAUAAUGAAAUGGCCAUGGGAAAAGGGCUGUAGCCCAGCGGUAGAGCAUCUGCUUUGCAUGCAGAAAGUCCCUGGUUUGAUCCCCAGGAUCUCCAGGCAGGGCUAGGAAAGAUCUGAACCCUUCCUGAGCUGUUGACUGUCAGUGCAGGCAAUACUAGGUAGACCAAUGGUCUGAUUCAGUAUAAGGUAGCUUCUCAUGUUCCUAACAUUAAAAUUAAAUUGACUCUUUUUCUUUGUGAUAGUAAUGAUGACCCAAGCCAUCUAACAGGGGUGCUAAUUCUUUUUUCUACAAGUGCGGGUCUGCAGCAAAUUGUUGUGGCAUGGGGUCCUCCACCUGUUUGGGAUGGCCAGCGUUCCAGCCACACCCUGUCUUCAGAUGCUCCAUUCACCUCCCUCCUUUUUCCAUUUCCUCCCCUAACAACCUGCCAGAAUUCCACGCACUCUUAAGAAUGCUCAGUCUUCAUUUGGGGGUUUUCCUGCCUCCAUUUUUGGGGUGGGGUACUUCUGCAAACGUUUGAGUUCCCUAAGCCCAUUGGCGCCGUUUUGGCUAUAAAAUGAACCAUACGCAGAGAAUGACUUCGCUAUCGCUAUGUAGGAUUACCAGUAAUUACUCUUUUCUGUUCCAAAAACAAAUAUGCUAGUUGUGUGUGGUGCCUGAUUCCCCUUGUGGCUUUGUGUGUCCAUAAGGCGUGUUGCAUUUGAAAGCCUAUUUAAACCACUCCUUUCCUUGCUGUCACAAUUUUUCCUAGAAUAGAACACCCAUAAUGACACCUGUAGCAUAUAUUUUAAAUGCCUGCAAUAUACAACGCUGCCUGUUAGGUACAGGGGAUGUCUUUCCAUUACUGGUGAAGAUAGCAUAGUAAGCCCCUUGAAAUAACAGCAGCAACAGCGGCAGCAAAACCUUUCAGCAAACCUUUUUAUCAUUCUGUAUAAAAUGUCACUCGACUAACUUUUUUUUGUGUGGUCCCUAUGUGGAAGAUUGUGCAUGGUCCCUCCUUCCCCUUUAUACAAAAUGACUGCUGCAGAAUUAAAUCUGGGUGUGACUUGAUGGCUCAGCUUGUGCUUCCUUCCUCCCUUCAAAGGCCUAAUUCUUACAAAUGAGAGAAAUACAAAGAAAGUUUGUGACUGGGCUGCACCAUCUGAGACUGCAGAUGGGGACUCAGGUGAUGGAAGGCACCCCCAUCUCUUCCAUGCAGAUAAAGAACUAGGCACCAGGGAUGAGGGUUAUGUCCUAGCUUUCAUCAUGACAUGCCGGUUUUCUGCAAGUAAGGAAUGUGAGUGCUUGGAGGAGUUUUCAGUUGUGUGAGCCUCCCCCCCCCCCCGCCCCGCAGACUUAAGUGGGGCAGCCCAUUGGCAGCUUAGCUGUCUCUUUUGCUCUUCAAUUUAAUUCACAAAUUGAUCGCAAUUUGCUGCCACCCUCCUUGAUGCUUGCCACUUUUUUCCCCUAAAAAAAGAAGAAGAAGAGUGACCCCUUGCAAUUUGGAAUUCACAUACGCUGCUGAAACAAUAACAGUGUGCUUAUCUUUAAAAAGUGCUUUAGAAUGUUCAGGUUUCUUAACAAGAUUGAUCUGAAUCCAUCUAGCCCAGCAUAUUCGUUUCCAGCAGUGGCUAGCUGGGUGUCCUGGGAAGCUUAUAAGCAGGACCUAAAGUUGUUUCUCUCUCCUUCAGUAGCUGAUUUGCAGAGGAACAGGCCACAGGAUAUUGCAAUGCCUAGCGCUCCUGUUCACAGUUCCAAGUCAGCAAAUCAUGCCCUUCUGCACAAUACUCCAUUCCAUUUUCUUAGCCAUCCAGUUUUCCAUUUCCCUGAAUCUACAGGUCAGUACCUUCCAGUAGCCUUUGUAAUCAUUACAACAGUCCUGUAAGAUAGGGCAAUAUUAGUUAGCAUCCUUACUCCAGAUCUGGGGGAAGGGAUAACUCUGUAGGCAUUCAUUUUUAGAUAGGGUUAGGGACUUGUGAGUACCAGGUAAUCUAUCCGGAAAUCUCGGAAACCACCAGUUUGCAAUCAACCACUGACCAAUCUCCUCCUGAACUCCUAGCAAUAGUGAGCCAUCUAUUGUGAGGCAGAGAGAGGCCUUCCAUUUCCAAACAAGUCUCUGGUCUGAAUGCUUCCGUUUUCUUCUUCCAGCCUAAGGAAGUGGAGAGGGUUGGGGAGCCAAAUCUGUACUCCAUUGCUUCCAGGUCAGUAGAGUAGAUCAGUGGUUCCUAACCUGGAAGCCAUGAAGAUAUCAACCCCCUGCUGCCUCCUUUCCCAGGCUCUUUAUAUCAGUCUCUGGGGGAAGGGGGGAAUUACUCACCUCUGCUGCUACCUGCAAGCUAAAAGGAGUGGAGAGGCUGUUUCAAAGAGCACUUUGCAGCUUAAGUCAACCUGUGUGCUCAUGUUGGGGCAAAACCGCCCUUUGAAGCAGUACCCCCCUCUCUUUUAAACAAGCGGAUAGGGCAUAGGGGGACUCCCCUGCCCACCUGCUUGCUCCGAUAUUUGAAGGAAGUGUGCUAUCUCAAAGCCCUUUACAAAAGGCCUUUUUGAAGCACUUUGUCUCCUCCUUUAAACAUCAAUGUCUGAAGGAGGAGACUGCCUCAGAUACCACUUUUGCACACUCCCUCUGAUUUUGAUGCUCAGAUGGGAGCAGAAGGGGGUGGGGGGUAAAAAGGAAUUGGGAACCAUUGUAGAUCCCCGGAAGGGAUUGCCAAUUUUUUUGCAACUGAACAGGAGGCAGUGAACCAAAGGGCAAAGCCUGUAAUAUAGGCAAGAUUUGCAAGAUUUUCAUUUGCAGCUCAGUCUCUUAGCCACUGUGUUAUGGAGUGGCCUUUUUUUUUUGUCAUAGUCAGUUUAUUUACAUACCACAUUUCCCACAAAUACAUCUGUGCUUAAAGCAAUUUACAGCAAAAAAACACAAACACACGCAGUCUAGGCACAGGAGUACAAUAAUAAUAAAUAAAGUAUAAUAUCACAACACUAAACACUGUGACAAAAAAAGCAGAAAAAGUCAUGACAUACCAAAAUAUAGUGUUUUAUACAAAAUAGGGUGCUCAACUUGGAAAUGACUUUGAAUUCUCUGUCACCCCUAUUAUUUUGCUACAGAAUUAUUUUUUUUAAGUAAGCAAGGCAAAAAUACCUGUGAACAGGAGUCUUUAUUAAAUUGUGAACAUGCUUGGAAUUUUGUUGUUGUUUUAUGUCUAUAUUUUCUUCUGAAGCAGUAGAAACCUGCAAGCCUGCGAUGGCAGCUCUUUUCCAUGGCAAAAAUAUAUUGGUGGAACCACUCACCUUGUUUGUCCCUAACAGCACCCAAGUUGGGUGGAAAGAGGUUGAGAAGUGUAUCAAAGAAAUGAAUUUCCAGAGUCAUAUUACAUCCCAUAACUUUACAAGCUUCUAGAAGGUCACUGGUAAUUGUUUCAUAGUUUUUGGCCUUAAUAUUGCCAAGAAAAUUUGUAACGAUGGAUUUAAAUGCUUUCCACACUCUGCCUUCAACUUCAUCAUCAAAUAUACCAUCUUUUAUUAUUUCUCUGAUUUGUGGGCCCACAGUUAUCACUUCCUUGAAGGGAAAGGAAAAACAAUUCCUUCCAGUGGUUCAUUGGCAAUAUUUCUUUGAUCUGUUAUUAAUGCUUGAUGUGGCCAAUGUUUCUAAAUAUAAUGAUGUGAUCCAGCUUAGUUGUCCCACUCAGAAAGAAAACAGUAUUUUGUGUAUCCCUCUUGUAAACCAAGGAGGAAUGCAAUAACUUUCUGAACAUUGCAGAUGUGCCAAGCGUAGUUAUUAAAAUGAAUGUGCUCUGGAAGAAAUAACAUGCUGUCAUACAAUUUAUGGAUGGCAUUAGCUAGACAGGAGGGCAUCUAUUGCCAAAGUGGAGCAACACUGCUUUCAAACUGAGUUUGGAGGAAUAAAUGGACAAACACCCGUUGUCCAUAUUAUGCUGUUGUCCCAAUGCUUCCAUUAGGUAAAGGUAAAUAAUAAUUUAAUAAUAAUAAUUUAUUAUUUAUACCCCGCCCAUCUGGCUGGGACUCCCCAGCCACUCUGGGCGGCUUCCAUAGAAACCAAAAAUACACUAAAAUAUCACACGUUAAAAACUUUCCUGAACAGGGCUGCCUUAAGAUGUCUUCUGAAUGUCAGGUAGUUGUUUAUCGCUUUGACAUCUCGUGGGAGGGCGUUCCACAGGGAGGGCGCCACUACCGAGAAGGCCCUCUGCCUGGUUCCCUGUAGCUUUGCUUCUCGCAAUGAGGGAACCGCCAGAAGGCCCUCGGCGCUGGACCUCAGCGUCCAGGCAGAACGAUGGGGGUGGAGACGCUCCUUCAGGUAUACUGGACCGAGGCCGUUUAGGGCUUUAAAGGUCAGCACCAACACUUUGAAUUGUGCUCAGAAACGUACUGGGAGCCAAUGUAGGUCUUUCAAGACCAGUGUUAUAUGGUCUCGGUGGCUGUCCCCAGUCACCAGUCUAGCUGCCGCAUUCUGGAUUAGUUGUAGUUUCCGAGUCACCUUCAAAGGUAGCCCCACGUAGAGCACAUUGCAGUAGUCCAAGCGGGAGAUAACCAGAGCAUGCACCACUCUGGCGAGACAGUCCGCAGGGAGAUAGGGUCUCAGCCUACGUACCAGAUGGAGCUGGUAAACAGCUGCCCUGGACACAGAUUUGACCUGUGCCUCCAUGGACAGCUGUGAGUCCAAAAUGACUCCCAGGCUGCGCACCUGGUCCUUCAGGGGCACAGUUACCCCAUUCAGGACCAGGGAAUCCUCCACACCUGCCCGCCUCCUGUCCCCCCAAAACAGUACUUCUGUCUUGUCAGGAUUCAACCUCAAUCUGUUAGCUGCCAUCCAUCCUCCAACCGCCUCCAGACACUCACACAGGACCUUCACCGCCUUCACUGGGACCCCUGACAGUUAAGUCGAGUUGCGGAUGACUUUGGGGUUGUGGCACACAUCUCACUUUAUUGGCCGAGGAAGCCGGUGUACAGCUUCCAGGUCAUGUGACCAGCAUGACUAAGCCGCUUCUGGCGAACCAGAGCAGUGCACAGAAACGCCAUUUACCUUCCCGCCUAUUUAUCUACUUGCACUCUGAUGUGCUUUCAAACUGCUAGGUUGGCAGGAGCAGGGACCGAGCAACGGGAGCUCACCCUGUCGCAGGGAUUCAAACUGCUAACCUUCUGAUCGGCAAGCCCUAGGCUCUGUCCCGUCAUUUUCUGAAAUAAGAUUUUUUUGUGCAGGAGAUUUCAUCCUUGUGAUCUUGUGGAUAAAAGCCUUUGACAAGAUCAUUCAGCUCAUCUUGAGCUAUCAAAUGGGGUUCUGUUGAAGAACCAGGUCCUUCAAAUAUGUUGUCAAAUUGUUCUCCACAUUGAGCUUCCUCAUCAGAUGCAGGAUUUUCAUAUUUGGUGGCAUCCACAGCAAAAUCCCAAAAUUCUGGUGGUGGAAGCUCAUGAUAUGUUCAGCAAACUGCAUUCUGUGAGAUCCAUCUUUUAGCCGGGCUCUGUGGGGUCCAUGAUGUGUCUUCAUCUCCUGUCUUAAUACCACAAUAAAGUUUGUUUGCCAAUUCCACAAGUGGGAGGAAAUUUUGCUUCUGAGUUUUAAGUGAUAAUUCUCCACUCACAUAGUGGAAACUGAUCAAUUAACAUACUGUCAUGGUAUUCUAGACACAUGAGGACAAUCAAAGUACUUCAAAAGUAAGUAUUUCACUUACUCAUAGCAACACAACACACUUACUAGGUACUAGAGAACUGAAUGAAACCUAAUGAAAACUAAUCACUUAACAUCUGAAUACUUUAGCAUAUGUAUGCAACUCACAGCAUCAAUAUAAACAAGUUUUGACACGUUCUAGCUAGUUGCAAGCAGUAUUAGAUACAGCAGCUUACAGAGCAAUACACAAGGGGUGCCAUCUAUGCAGUAAUUCUGGGUGAUAGACAAAUUAUGUUCUUAUAUUCAGUGCUAGUUUUCUAGAAAAAGAGGUCCCUGAACUCACCAUGAACACCUCCCUUGUUCUCUUAUAGUGGCAACGACUCCUACCUGAGAGGUGCUGAAACUGAGUUCAAGUGAGUUCCAGCUAAAAAAGCCCUGUAUAUAUUCCUUAUAAAAAUACAUAUGUAACACCUAAAAGAACCCAUGCCACAAAAUUUCUGUUUUCCUGUGAAAUUAACAAUUCAUAUAAACUGCAUCAAAAUUUAAGGUAGCCGGAAGCUCACCAAUAUGUCUAAUAACUUCACAUUCAAAUGUAACCCCAAACCUAAUCGUUUUUACAUCAACCUUUCUCCCAAAGCAUGUUUCAAAACCUCUUUCUAAUAAAAAAAAGCCACCCUGUAAUGUUUUAUGUAAUUUAAGAUAAUUUAUAAUCCACUGUGCUAAAAAACAAAAAAAUAGCACUUGGGGCUGGUAAAAACAAACGGAGAAUUACUGUUUAUGAAGGGUUGUUGCCUGAAUUUCCUCCUUUUCCUGCUCUCUCUCCUCCCACCCCACCCCCCUUUUUUUGCAUUGUGUAUUAGUUUCUCUGCCAGCAGGCUUACAAUCUGUCUUGUGCUCUUUUAAUUUAAAACACCACCACCACCAUAUUUGCAGAGUACCUAGAAAACCUCUUUGUAAAUCUGGGAUGAAUUGCUGCAUCUGAUCUGGGAUACACCAAAGAUGUGACUUCAACUGUCCCAGGCCGCUGGAUUGUUCAGCUGUGUGAUCCCACAGCUUCACUGGAACCUCUAAGUUUCCCAAAAAGGGCCAUGCUGUUCUCCCCCUCACCCACGUUGCAAUGCCUUUUAGGCAAAAAGAACUUAAAAAACCACCCCCUCUGUAUUAAAAGGUGAGAAUGGAGUGCAAAUUACUCAGCUGGCUGUUUAUUGAGUGGCCUCAUUACCCAGCUGGCCCUUGGUGUCAGAGCAAUGGGAUGUGUUAAUUUAAGUACACAUACUUAGAUCCGCCAGCCUGGGGCUUAGGACUGUGUGAUGCAUAGCCAGCCCUUGACUAAUGGCCUUGCCCGCCCCCCAUGAAAAACCACAAGGCUGUGUUUUGCUUUGCAUCUCUUCUGAAAGUGGGUCUGAUGUUCUCGAGAUUAAAAUCUGGCCAUCAGUUGUACUAUACCCAAGGUCUUUUGUCUUCCCACACAUCUUGACAUGGCACUGUGAUUUGCAAAUCUUAAUGGGAAACAGCCUUACUAGAAAAAUUAACCAAUAAACUGAAACUGACACGGGGACAAAUAGAAGAAGAUGCCUUCACCCUGGUAUGGCUCCCCUUUAUCACAUACACAGCCCAACAAGACAACGACAAAAAUCCACCAACAGCAUACAAAUCAAUAUGGCUAACCUGAUCCAAAACACCCACCCACCCCACUCACACAUGAAAACGAAGACCACCACAGCCAACCACAAAUGAACAGCCACACCCUAGGCCAACCGCAACCUCUCUCACCAUGAAAGGAACACAAGUGAACAGCAGAGAACCUGCGCAAGCAACACUGACACAAAACCCCACAUAUAUUAAGUAAAAUAGAAACAUCGCCACCCCCACCCUCACUCACCUCCCCCCCGCUACCUCUUUCCCCCUUUUCUUCCUAAUGUCUCAACAAAUGAAACCAAUUUGUAAAAAAUGUUACGGGGGGGGGGGAGAGAGAGACAUUGCACAUACUUUUGUAAAUCAAGAAAUUUUUAAAUAAAAAUACAUUUUAAAAAAAUAAAAUGGAGUGCCACAAACCAGGAAAUUCUGUUUCAUAGAAUUUUUAAGAGCUGGAAGGAGGCACAGAGAUCAUCCAAUCUUCCCCCAACCCUGCUCAUUGCAGGUUCUACCCUGCAGGAUGCAGUGUCAUGAAUAAACAUGAUAAUGUUAUUAUAAGCUUAUUGAGGGGUUAAUGAACUCAACAAGUUUGGGAGUUCUGUAAGCAAGUUAUUUAUCACAUUUGUUCUCAUGUCGACCUUCCAAGAAGUGCAGUGUGAUGUACACAGUGUUCUCAAAUUGUGUGUGCUCAACAGCCUUGUGAGGUAGGUUUUGAUUAGGCCAGGAGAUAAUAGUGUCUUGUGCAAGGUCACCAAGUGUGGCGAAGUGCGGGGUAUCAGUGGCCUUGAUUCCUUUAUGUCUUAUUACUACAUUUCCUGUGCAUUCUGAGAUAGCGAUUUCCGUCAUAGAAUUGUAGAGUUGGAAGGGACCAAGAGGGUAAUCCAGGCCAAACCCUUGCAAUUCAGGAAUCUCAACUGAAGCAUCCCUGACAGAUGGCCAUCCAAUCUCUGCUGUAAAACGUCCAAUGAAAGUGAGUCCACCAUUGGUUCGGGUCCUACCCUCCAGAGCAGGAGAAAACAUGUUUGCUCCAUCUUCCGUGUAGCAGCCCUUUAGAUAUUUGAAGAUGGCUAUCCUAGUUCCCCCUCAGUCUCCUCUUAUCCAGGCUGAGCAUACCCAACUCCCUCAACCGUUCUUCAUAAGGCUUGGUUUCCAGACCCUUGAUCAUCUUGGUCGCCCUCCUCUGCACACAUUCCAACUUGUCAACAUCCUUCUUAAAUUUUGGUACCCAUAACUGGACACAGGACUCCAGGUGUGGUCUGAUCAAGGCAGAAUAGAGUGGUACUAUUACUUCCCUUGAAUGUUUUGCCCGUUUUUACCAUUGCUUAUUCUAGAGGACAUGCAACUCAGAGAGGAGAUACCUUCUUUGCUGUAUUGGUUUCUGAUGGUAAAGGAGCAUGCUGAGUUUCACAGAAUCCUAAGCCAAAUUUGGCCUUACCAGGCCAUUUUUCAAAAACGACUACUGCCUGCCCCACACCAGACAUCAUAUGUGGGGCUGAUAGAGACGCAGUUGGAUUGGCUUCUCAAACAGCUGAUCCCCGCAGAGGGCAGGCUUGAAACUGAAGUGCAUCAUUUAAUGCAGGCAUAGGCAAACUCGGCCCUCCAGAUGUUUUGGGACUUCAGCUCUCAUGAUCCCCAGCUAGCAGGACCAGUGGUCAGGGAUGAUGGGAGUUGUAGUCCCAAAACAUCUGGAGGGCUGAGUUUGCCUAUGCCUGAUUUAAUGUGUCACUUUCUGCCCCAGUGGACCAAUUUGACAGAUGAGUGGGACCAUCCUCUUGUCAACCACCUGACAUAAUAGGAUGUCAUAUGAAUUGCAAGUGGCUGGUUCCACUCACCUGUCAAAGUUGUCUUGUGGUGUGUGUGAGGGGGAGAUAAAUAUCUCUCCAGCCAGGCCAAAGAGUUUCUCUAUUCUGGAUUUUACAGAUUUAAAAAGUUGCCAUCGCCCCGUUUACAAAGAGAGCAAAGACUUGGUUUUUUUAAAUAUAAUGUGAAAGUAGCACAGACCAAGAUUUAUCUACUACGUAUGGGGAGUACACCCUUGUUUCUUUCUGCCCGCCUUGCUUUAAAGCAAGGUGGUAUUUUAAUAUAUGCUCUGAGUCGAAGAUGAUGUGGCAGUGAGACAGCUUCUGACCUCACCCUCUGUGGUCUACAGAGUCUUUUGAGGCGCCACGGCUUGGUUCCAGUUGAAGGGUGCAGUUCUAGUGUAAAGUGGGUUGUAGCCACAGAAUGACAGUAGCUAGAGGUGGCUGUGUCUGGCCUCUUGUGGAUUAGGACUUCCCUCUGAAUUUUCAGCAUUCACUUAACUAGUUCUUAUACAGCUACUGUAUAAGGUUUGGGGGAGCGCAGAAUGUAAUAGAUUCAUACAGCCAAUCUUUAACAUUUGACAUAUUGGGCUGUUUGAAAUUUAUAUUCUGGCUCUGCUGCUGUGAUUUUCACCAGCACCUUUAGGCUACAGGCCUACAUCUAACCAGCUGUUCUGCACCUGUAGCUUCUUUCAGCAGAAGCCCCGAGGAGGACAACAUUGAGUGUUCUAAUGUUACACGACAGUAGCUGGUUCAAAUUAUCAACAUUAGCUGGGGAGAGAUUUUGGGGUGGGAGAAACUACAUUUUGUAGCUCUCAGUGAAUGGUUUUAAAUCUCUUAUGAAGAGGAGUUUUUGUGAGCUUGCCAGCUGUUUUCCUGCCAAAAAAUAUUCCCGCCCAGAUUACCCGGAGCUCAUUCUUGGCAGGCAGGUAAAAUCAAAAGGCUUGACUCUGCCAUAGUCCUUGGAUGAGGCAGAUCACGUUGGGCCUCAUAAAGGAUUAAGGCUCUUGUAACAGAGUUUUGAAAUUACAGGAUUGCGUCUGGUGUGCUUGUGUCAGCAUUUAACAAAAGACUUGGUCUCAUUUUAAAGUAGGAAUUCAGUUUAGUUGUAUGUAAGGAUGGAGGAGAAAAAAAUGUUCAGUGUUCCCAUUUUAAUGCAAACCUACUUCAUUUGCGCUUCCUGAAGAGAUGUGGAAAUCGGAAUGAUGCAACUAUCGUUUGGAAUUCACACUGCUUCAAAUUUUGCUGCACAGUUCUUCUGGUGAAACACACACAGUUGGGGGAAGUGUGCAAGCAAAACUAGCGCAUAUCCAUGAAAUAAUGUAGAAAAAAUACAUUGUAUGAAUGUAGAUGACUUGCAAUAAUGUGCACGUUAGGAGGAAUGCACAAAAUGUGUAUGGCUUUUCAUGCAGCCCUUAAAAAAAAAAAGUUUGCAAACUGAUGUGGAAAUGGGGCAGACUUGAGUUUAAGAUUGAGGAAAAUGAGAAACCAAGCAGAAAUGAAAUAGGCAGGUUUGCCGAUCCCUGGCUGUAUAAACUUUCAGGGUCAGGUUCAAUCUCACAUGCUGAAUAAUAAUUAGAACAUUCUGGUCUUCUGCAAGAAGAAAAACGUCACUGAAUCGUCCAACGUCUGAGAACACAAAAUAAGGGCAAUAAUCUUGGUUCAUGUUAUAAUUUUCUCAUAGGCUUGAGAAUAAAGGACGGGCACGAGAGGGCUGAAGCUUGGGGCAGAAUUUACUGAAAGUGAUUUGGGGGGUUUGUUUGUGUAUGCGUUUCUUUAAAAAUAUGCUUUUACAGAGAUGGCAUGGAAACAAAGCUGAAGCAAGAGCUGUGUUUACGUGUGCCCUAGGGUUGGAAACUCUUUAUGGCUUAUCAAAUGGCAUUUUAAGGCCUUAAGCUCGCAAAAUGGCCUAACUGCUGAGCAAACAAUAAUUGAACCAAAACAGCUCUGUUGAUAGAAACAAAGAUGUGUGGGGUAAAUUUUAACUGGCCUUGUGUGAUACUGCUGCGUAAUUGCAAGCUGACCUUUAAAGGAAGGCCUAACAAUGUUUAUCCAUUACAGCCCUUAAAUCUUCACUUUCACUGUGGAGAGACUUUGGGGUGGGGGGAGCUUGCAGGGAGACAAGGGUGCAAUAUAAGGAAUCUUCCUCAUUUAACAUUCCAGGCUGUUCCUUAUCUUGCAACCUUUUGUUCUUUCGAGUCCUCCAGGUUUUGUUUAAAAAGUUUCCAGUCUCAUUUUAGGUACCCGUGGUUUCCAUUCUUCUGUCUCCGCACCUCAGUGAGCCUUGAAUGAGCUUCGGCAGCACUAGUGAGUUGGACAAUGAGCAGUGGUCCUGCUCUGAUCAGCAGAGGUGCCCCAACGUGCUGGGGCACGAUUCUGAACAAGCCCACUGACAAAUGGGCAUUGUGCAAGAGCAUGGUUCACAGAAUUGCUUUUUCUACACAGGAGAACCUCCCAGUGGAUUGUGUCCAGUGUUAGCUAGAGGGAAAGGAUCUCAAUUUGACUUUCUACCUCGGGGUGGUUUUAAGCAAGUACAGUGGUACCUUGGGUUACAUACACUUCAGGUUACUUACGCUUCAGGUUACAGACUCCGCUAACCUAGAAAUAUUGCUUCAGGUUAAGAACUUUGCUUCAGGAUGAGAACAGAAAUUGUGCUCCGGUGGCGUGGCGGCAGCAGGAGGCCCCAUUAGCUAAAGUGGUGCUUCAGGUUAAGAGCAGUUUCAGGUUAAGUACGGACCUCCGGCUUCCCCCAAAGAAUUCUGGGAGAUGUAGUUUGUUAAGGGUGCUGAGAGUUGCAAGGAGACCCCCUAUUCCUGUCCCAGAGCUACAAUUUUCAGUGUGGUUUAACAACCAUCCCAUUUUAAUAGCAAACCCCACUUCACAGGGAACUCUGGAAAUUGUAGCUCUGGUACCCUUAGCAAAUUGCAGCGUCCAGAUUUAUUUGGGCAAAGCCAUGGCAGUUCAAAGUGGUGUCAUAGAGCUUUAAAUGUGUGGUGUUAAGGUGGUCUGGGGGCUUCAGGUGGGCUUUCUUUUUUAGUGCUUCUCUUUGUGAGAUUUUUUAAAAACACUCUGCCUACAGAAUACUAGCACUCAGGGAGACAGCUGAGCUAGAAUCCUCCUUGCCUGAUAUGCUAGCUUGUUCACUUGCGUGAAUUGUUCUUUCCCCCUCUUUGUGGGAAGGAAUGCAGUUAUAUCAUUCUCCACAUGCACUCUGAAAUGGCACAGCCUGCUGUUUCACCUCAGGAUUCCCUCACCUUAUUCUCUUGCGCAGGUGGACCAGGUAGCACAACAGAGCUUAAAUGGGCUGGUAGCCAUGGGCCACUCUAUACGCUUUUCUUGCUGCUGUACUUCUCUUAUUACUAAGCAGGCAAGAAGGAUAUUCUUCAACUUCCCGUCUUGAAGGAUUCCAUGUGGAUGGCGGACAGCUGUGGCAGAACCGUCUUUCCCAUAGGGCUUAGUGGUUCGUUGUGCCAGGGCGCUGGCCUCUCAGGGGUACCCAGUGAGUGGGGAAGCUGCGCGACUUUGCCAGCGGCCUCCCCUUUCCCUGCAUGCCCGCCAGCUGCGCCCCAUCAACCAUAUGGCUGGCGGGUGUGCAGCUUGCCUCCCAAGCCUCCGUGGGAGGAGAGCGAUCCCUGCAACGGCAUGGGGGAGAGUUGCACCCCACCAUGGCUGGCAGUGCACAGCUUCGCCUCCCCCCCACUAUCAGUGGUAAUUUGGGGGUGCUGGGUGGAUAUUUGCCCCCACCCCACCCCCGCCCCACAUCUGCUAAAGACGGCCCUGAGCUGUGGCUCCAAAGCAGAAGGUAAGAAUGGUCUAGGACUGGGAUUACUAAACUGUGAUCUUUGGAACAUCAGGCCAAAGCACUCAAGGAGUCUGAGGAGGGCAUGGCGUUGGGAGAGUCCCAGGGACCAAGCAGCGAGGCCUGGAUGGAUCCCUUCUACCCCUGGGCCUGAGGUUCCCCACCUCUGCUUUAAGAUCAAGGCUGCCAUCUUGGGUUAAUGUCUUAGGUGUACAUAAAGAAGGGGAGGCCAGAGUGCUUUAGUUCCAUUUGCUCACUAACUGUCUUGAGUCAUUCCAGGACAUUGUGUUUCUCUGGGGCUGCAAAAUUCUUCCCACCACAGAGAACAACCCUGCUCUUGUUUAUAAAGAUCACUUAAACCAAGACUUAAAGAGGAGAUGGAAUCAGGAGCCCCUGAUCUUGCCAGCGGUUGUUGACUCUCUCUGUCUCUCUCUCAACUUCCUUCAGCCUCUUGUUAUGCAUGCAAAUAAAUUGCAGGCUGGAGCAAUUUGGGUUCUUGCUACAUCAGGAUAACUGACAUAACCCUACAUUUUUGAGUUGGGGGAAUGGAUGUGCGGUUCUCCCCCUCCCCCUUCUCUUGGCGCUCUUUCUCCCAGUUGAAAGGUUGCCAAAGCAUGUGUGUCUCAUUAGCGUUUUCCUCUCUUAAGACAGAACUUACUUAACCUACUGCAUGAACUUGCUAAUAUUUCUGCCACAUACAAAACAGACGUUUGAGAGGCACGUCUUCAAAGAAAAAAAGAGGAAGACGUUCUGGUGAAUAGCUGCUUCUUGGAAUGCUUAGCAAUAUCCAGACACGUCUGCGAAGUGUGUCCCACCUGGAGAGUUAGCAUGCAGAUGGAAGCCAGUUGAUCUUUUUUCUGGAUGUUGCAGCUUAAGGAAAUGUAGCUCCAAAGAGCCUACUUUACCGUAUUUUUCUAGACCAGCUUUGGGACUGAUGUAAGUUGUAGUACCCGAUGUCUGGAGGGCAUCAGGCUCAGGAAUGCUGUUCUAGACUUCACUCUUCCAGCCCUUUUGUUUUAAAAUUUCCCCAUGACCAAGAUUCCAAAAUACUUUCCCUUAAUAUUCCAAACCUUAUUUGCCCUCUUCAAAGCAUUGACAAGCUGCCAAUCAGCAACCAGGUGCCUGCAACCCCACUUUGGCAUAUUUACCAGCCCCACCCACACCUGAAGUCAAGCUAUAUACAUUGAGAAACAAAGAGAUAUAGGAGUGAUCGUUUGUCUGGGAAUGGCAGUCUCCAUAAACACCCAUUGUUCCCAGGACUUUCUGCAAUCGGGCGGUGGUAGAUAAUAAUGCACUCUGCAGCUCCUUUGGAGCACUUUUGUCUGUGCUUGCUUUGUAUAGUCACAGUUGAGCCCUGGAAUUGCAGACAGGUGCUGGGGCUGACUCCUGGUGUGCCUGGGCUUAAGUUGAGCCCUAUCCCAGCUGUUAGCUCAGAAGUGGUUAGUUUUGAUAUCUUUUUGGCUUAUUGCCGAUUCUGAUUAUCUUUGGAAUGUUCUUAAAUACCUGUUUUUAGCUGUCUUCUAUUGAGAACUUGUUAUGUAUUUUUUGUAUACCACUUAGAGGUUUUAUUGCAAUCCAAUGGUAUAUAAAAAUGUUAAAAUAAAUAAAUCCCAGUAUUUGGCUUAUGGGGUGAAGUAGUUAACUAGCUUUUCUGAGCCACCAUGUAGUCCGCUAGUUCCAGUUGAUGAAUUUUGGGGCUUCUAGUCUUUUGUUUUGAUAGUAGAUUCAGUAAAGCCUGUAAUCUGCCCUUCAGGUGGUUAGGUCCCUGCCCUGGAAGCUUACAGGAGAUAUCAACAAGGGCAAAUACAAAUGCAGUUGCAGAAGUUGUCACCUUAAACAAAGAAAUGUAGUAAUUGAUUGGUGAGGUGAGCCAUUGUUUUGACAAAGGGUGGAUUUGCAGAUUGGAGAAAGUGUUAAAAAACUGCUUUGGCCCCAUAACAACCUGGUGAAGGAGGUUGUUCUUAUUGCCGUUUUAUAGGGGAUCGGGAGAGUGUCAGGGCUUGAGAAAUGCUUCAAGCUGAGUCUGUGACAUUGGUGGUAUUUGAACCUGGCACCCUCUGGCCUUUGCUGGCUGCCUCCCAGAGAUAAUGAGGGUAUUAGCCACCUAUUCCAAUGACUCCCUCUGCUUUCGGUGCCCUUGCCUUCCUUGCUGGGUUCACAGUUGAGGGACUUGGAAACGCUAGACACUAAUCAUCCCUGCACCCCUUGGAGGUCCAGGUCUUCUGUAUUCAUGUCCUUGCACCAAAGGGUUGAGUGGAAGAGGAACGAGGCGGAAAGGUUAAGUGGCUUUUGCGAAGCUGGUAGAAACUGUCAAAGCAGGGAUCGGAAGGAGGGGCUUCCAGCUCCUGGCUCGUUCCUGUCCAGCCCACACAGCCUCGCAUGCUUGCAAAGUGCUUUUCGAGCUGGCAGGGUGGGAUUGUGGGGGGUGCGUUGCUGAGCUGUUUGCAGCCUUGUAGAAGGUCACACGCUCAAAUGCUCUUUAUUCGUACAGCUUGCCACUUAAGACACGCCAGCUGCAUCAGGCCAAUGGCCCAUCUAGCGGCCAGCUAGAUCCCUGUGGGGAACCCACAACCUGGGCUUGAGCUUAGUGGCAUGUACCCCACCUGCAGUUCCCAGUAACUGGUAUUGGAGGGAAAGCAUAGCCAUCAUGGCUACUAGCUCAGCCACUUUGCUCCUGUCCUGGCUGGUCCUUUUUGCUGCUGCAGCACACUAAGGCAAGGGUUGGCUUAGCAUGUAGCCCAUCCUUAACUUGUGGUUGACCUCUCUCUUUGCAAACCACGAGCUGCACUCAAAAACUAUCCUUGGCUACAGGUCGUGUUUGGAGAGGCAAUGGCUUAAAAAGAACAGAGUUAAGGAAAAGCAUUCAGUUGUCAACUGGUUUUUAAUACUGCAUUCCAAGAAGUAUGCUGGAACUCACUUAUCUUUGAAACAUUCAGACAGCUAGGUUCAUCUUUGGUUGUGGAGAAAAUGGAAAUGGUGUUAAUCACACCAUCUGUACCCCCUUUCUUGGCCCAUUAGAAAAAUGACAACGAUCACCAUCACUUGAUGCGGUGCAAGCAAAGCACUGUCUUCUGCAGUGAGGCAGCAGGGUGCAAACAAAACGAUUCAUUAGUUUGAUGGCUUUGCCCUCAUCCUUUCAAUGCAUGUUUAAGCACUAAGGGACAAUUCUAGUUGGUAGUAAGUAACUGAGCAUGAAACAAGAAGGUAGAGAUUAUAUCUAGAAUGGGUUACACAAUUAUAUUAAAAAGGGAAAUGCUGUUUUAAAAACUUAGAGAAUUUUCUGCUGGUUCAAACUGAGCAUUACAAGCAAUAUGUUUUUUGUUGAUUUUUUGUGUGUUGGUAGCCAUACUGUAAUAAAAUAGAUCCUUAAUCAAUUCCUUCUUCGCCACAAGGCGCAACGGGUGGCCUGAUGGGACCAGCUGUUACUGUUUAUCAGGCUGACCUGCCUUGCAGGGUUGUUGAGAGAGCUGGGCUGUAUGGUUGAAAUAUGGUAAAUCUCAGUGGAACUGAGCAGUAAAUUGGAUUCUAUUAAUCUGAGUGGUUUGUUACGUUGCCGUGUUAACAUCUAAAUGUGUCUCCUGCUUGACCCAACAAUCGCGUGACCCCUGACCUGCCUCUCUGUGAAGCAUUCUGUCUGGAAAUGUAAUUUAGUAAGUGUGAACAUUAAUUUUGCAGACUGAUACUUAAAAACAACAAGUUAAUGUGCUUCUCUUUGUCGAUACCAGCUGUUCUCUCCACUAAGCUUUAACUGAAUGUACUGGUACGUAUUGAAACUCUGCCCUUGUGGGUAAAAGCUCUGCCUCCAUCUGUAGCAGGUGGGAUCCUUUUUCACCCCAAGGGCCACACUCCCUUCUGGGGCCACAUGCCAUUGGUGGGCGGGGCCAGAGGCAAAAGUGGGUGGAGCAAUAGUUGUCAACAUUACCUUUCUACAGUACUCUAGUUCCACUAUGACUUAUGGCCUUAGUUUAUCUGCUCAAUCUGCCCACACAGCUGCAUGACCUCACUGUAUUGUGUAGUGCAGGCAGAGCUUACUGGUGAAAGUGCACAAAGUCGUGUUUAUUACAUUAUGUAAUGCGUGUUCACUCUGUUAAAGUAACUCCAGGUUCAUGCUGUUUCUCUACCCUACCCCAUCCCAGAUCUGUCCACUUUGGCAGAGAAAGCUAUAAAAGGCAUAAAAACAAGACUUUGCAUACUGCAUUUGAACCCCCAAGCAGAAAAAUCUCAAUUCAGUAUCGGCUGCAGAAUUCCCCAUCUUGAGAAUCUUAUUUUUAAAAGGCAAGUUUAUAGCCAUUAUGGCUGCAGAAGAUGGAAUUUAAAGUGAGUACUGAAAGAAAUUUCUGUGUGGGCUUCUGUUCUUCCGAAUAAGUAGUAGGAGCAGAAUAAAUAAUGCACACUAAGCUGUAUGCAGAUGUGCAUGGCUUUUGCAUAAUCCACAAAGGCUGCAAAAUUCAACUUUGCAGAACUUGGAUUUUAUAUGUUUUCUGGACAGUGUGUGUACAGCCCUGCUUCUGAGGACAUUUCUGCGUGUCCACAUUUGACUCGUGAAGGACUAAUUUUGUAUUACAGCAUAAGCUUUUCUGGACUUGAAUCCAAAAGAAUUCAAAUCCAUUAAGUUUAAUCCUCCAUUGCAGAUACAGAUACAUAUGUUGUAAGCAGUGAGGCCAGAAAGAAAUGAAAUGUAAGAAGCACAGUGAGUCUUUACAGCAGCAGUGAUCAGUGAUGCAAGAGUUUGGCAAUCCUGAGUUGAUUAACAUCUACAGUGUGAAAGGAAGCCAUUGUCUCUAUUUAGACACAAAAGACGGGUAGAACACCUGUAAGCUGUAAGCAUAAUCAAGAGGCUGUUGCUAAGAGUAUAAUGGGAGGAAGUUGUUCCUAAGGGCACACAUUAGUUCAAAAUGAGGCAUGGUAAACUAAUUGCCCUUUAGUGCCACAUUAUGCUCACAAUCUGGCCAUUUUUAUACAUUAUGCAGAAGCAAAUCAGAGGUUCCCAGGAGGGAUGUAAGAAGGCAUUCUUCUCCAUUCCUCCCUGCAUUUGUUGCAUGCACCAUUGUUUCCCUUCCGCUGCGGUUAAACUUUAACCAAAAACUACAUUAUUCAUCUCAUUGUCCACUGUGGUGAAAUGAAAUUAAAUACACAAACUGCAUUGCCAUUAUGUUAACUUUACGCCAUUCAUUUCCACACACAGGAAAUGCGAUGCUAAUGUGGGGAAAACACAAUCAGUUAUGUAUCAUUUGUGGACCAAAAGCAGCAGCAACAGUGAAUACAAGUCAUAUUUGCUGGAUCGAUUUCUGUUCCAGACAUGGAACGAAUUAGCGAACAUCAGCAAUUUCUGUAAAACUUUCAAUAAAUUAUAAUUUUUUUAAAAGGCCGAAUAAAUGAUAAUAAAGAGAUAUUAGGUUGCAGUCCUAUACACCAGGUAUGUGGGGGGCUGGUAGCCCUCCAGAUGUUGCGGGACUAUGACUCCGUUAUCUGCUGGCCAUUCUGGCUGAUGUUGAUAAGACUCCCAACUCCCAUCUGGAGGGCUAUAGGUUCCCUUCUCCGACUAUACACUCUUUCCUCCUAAAUCCAGUUGAAGUCACACGACAGCUUCUGAGUGCAUUGAUUAGUGUUGGUGCACAUUUACAUAGAGGCCAAUGGGGAGACAACUACUGAAAACCUAAAGCAGAUCUGCUUGUUUGAAGCAGCUGGAAAAAAUCAGGCAAGCCCAGUAAGCUUGCCUGUUUUGUGUGAGGUAAGUCCAACCCCUCGCUGCAGUUUUAGUGUGCCACAUUAUUGCACGCAGUGCCUUCCUCCUGAGUCAUCCUGCAUAUUUCCCCCCUGACUAAUUCUGCUUUGCAAUUAGGUGGCAUAAUUAUGAGUCAUGUAGGAUUACCUUGCAGGGUGUGUUGAGCUUUAAGGGGCUGGUUGUUGCUUGCUCACUUUAAAACAGACGCCUUCUUAUUGUUCACAGGUGGGAAUUGGUCAUAGCAUAUUCUGCUCCUUCAAUAAAACACACACCUUGAUAUGGAAUCUGAUCGUAGAAGCUGCUCCUGUUAUUCAAAGCUUGAGAAUUUGGACAAAUGUAUCUUGGUCAAAGUUGCCUCUCUUAAGUCCUCCUCUCUGUUCUUAUGAAAUCACUCUUUUUGCCUGAGUUGUCAAGCAUUGUUGUUCACAACUCCUCAGUAGAAACGCAUUGAUAUGUGCUGGAAUGGCAAAAGGUCAAGGGUUCUGGGCAUUGCUGGGAUGCCAAAGUAAUUGUUUCUGGUGUGGGCUGGAAGUUCCUUGAUAAAAUUGUAAGAAAUGGGCUUGUUUUAUUUCUGAAAUUUUCUAAAAGCACGCUUUUGUGUAAAGCAUAGAUAAUAGCUGUCAACUUACAGAUUUGGAAAUAAGGGACCAGCAGCCUCAAAAAUAAGGGAUCAGCAGCCAGAAUAAGGGAUUUUCCGAACACAGGUAUGUGUCCAAGCCAAAGGCAGAAAAACCAGCCAGCAGCCAAACGAAGCCUCAAGCGGUGGUUCCCACAGCGCAGCAACCCAGCAAAGGGGAUGCAGCAAGGAAAACCACUGUCACCUCUUCGCUGGGAAGCACUGAGCAAAGGCGAGUCCCCAGGCAAUGCGGCUGAUUUGAUCGGCACAAGGCAUGCAAGCUCCACCCCCCAGUCGUUCUCAGACUCCUUAUUGGGUGAGCAACGCAGCCAAGCAACACAGUUGGCGCCUCCCUCCUCCCUGGCUGGCAGGGAAGGAGGGAGAGGAGCUGCUUCCUUUGAAACCCGGGAAAUUUAAGGGACAUCAUCAAUAAGGGACAGCAGCGGGACACAGCGCUGGGAUAAGGGACUUUCCCACCAAAUAAGGGACAGUUGACAGCUAUGGCAUGGAUCCCAGGGCAGUAUAAUUAAAAAUAAAGAAAUUGAACAGCAGUACAAUCAAAGCAGAAUUAAAUCUUAGGAAUACAGUGGUGCCUCGCAAGACGAAAAGAAUCCGUUCCGCGAGUCUCUUCGUCUUGCGGGUUUUUUCGUCUUGCGAAGCAAGCCCAUUAGCGGUUUAGCAGAUUGGUGCUACAGUAUUAGCGGCUUAGCAGGCUUAGUGGAUCAGCUGAUAAGCGGCUUAACGAUCAGCUGAUAAGCGGUUUAACGAUCAGCUGAUAAGCGGCUUAACGAUCAGCUGAUAAGCGGCUUAACGAUCAGCUGUUAAGCGGCUUAGCCAUCAGCUGUUAAGCGGCUUAGCCAUCAGCUGAUAAGCGGUUUAGCGGCUUGGUAAAAAGGGGGGGGGGAAGGAAAACCCCCCCGCAGGAACUCGCAAGACAUUUUCGUCUUGCGAAGCAAGCACAUAGGAAAUUCGUUUUGUGAAGCACCUCCAAAACGGAAAACCCUUUCGUCUAGCGGGUUUUCCGUCUUGCGAGGCAUUCGUCUUGCGGGGCACCACUGUAAUAUACCCAAAACUAUACAACCAGCUAAGACAAUACAGUAAAUACAUAAAACGCUGCCAACCCAGGAACGAAAAUAAGCAAGCUGUCCAAAACAGCGGGUUGGCAAUUCUUAAACAUGGCCAAAGUAUUAACAUUUAAGUAGCAAGGCUAUAUCUUAACUAGAGUUGAGCUGAAAAUUUAUGCAGUUUUUAAAAAAAAUCCCCUGGCCUUUCUCUAUCAAUGAAUGAGAAAAGAAAUGGAUAGUUUUUUUUAAUUCAAAGGGGAGAGAAAAUAUCGGUGAAAAUCUCAUGUCUUGGGCUGCAGGGCUUUCUUGACUUUUGAGGUUUUUGGCAGUGUCCUUUCCUUCACUUUGCAAAUCAUCUCACAUCUGGAGGGCUACCAGCUCCCAACAUACCUGGUGUACAGGAUUGCAACCUAACAUCUCUUUAUUAUUAUUUAUUCGGCCUUUCAUCUGCACUCUGCAACCAUUUUGGGUUCCUGCACUUCAGUUAAAGCCCAAGAGAAAGGUACCAUAACGUAACCCUGGGAGAGUAUACAUGCAGAACUGCAAAAAAUGCUAAAGAUCUCUUUCAAUAAAAAACCAGAGGCCUACCUCCUGGGAAUAACAGAUUUGGAUAUUCCACAAAAGAGGAAGGGUAUCUUUUUAUAUGCGACAGGCGGCAGCAAGAGUUUUGAUCGCAGCAAAAUGGAAGAGUAAUGAAAUCCCCUCUAUACAAGAUUGGAUCCAAAAGCUGACAGAAUAUGCUCGAAUUAGAUGCUUUAUCAGAAAAAAUAAAGAAUAAAUAAAAUCAGGAAUUUGUUUCUAGAUGGGAGGAUUUCAAAGAAAAUCUGAAAAUAUAUAUAGUAGUUUAACUUCUGUUGCAGCAUGUGAGGAACUUCAGUAAUAGUUGCUAGGUAGAUAGAAGAAAUUAGAUUUAUUGAGAAUAAGUUUAAUUAUGAAAAAAAUGUGUAUUGGCAAUAAGUAAUAUGAAUUUGAAAUAUGGAAUAGACGGGAAGUUGGGUCUUUAGUGUUAAGACCAAUAGAUGUUUUAUUGUUUGCCAAGAAAAUUAUGUGUCUAUGGUUAUUUUUGUAAUUUGUGUGUAAUUUGGUAUUUGUGUUAUUUUGUGUGUUGUUUUUUUCUUUUUGUAUAAAUAAAUAUUAAAAAAAAAAACGUAACCCAUGAUUAACUCCAUUGGGUUGGAUUACUGCAAUGCACUCUAUGUGGGACUUCCCUUGAGAGUGAGACCUCUCUGCAUAUUAUACCUGUGCCUGGAGAUCUGCUCUGGUUGCCCAUUUGCUCAGGUUCAAGGUGUUGGUGUAUGAAGCCCUUUACGGCUUGGGACUAGUUCACUUGCAGAACUGGCACUGUUAUACAUGCCACAUAAUGAAAUGAAUGUUUUAGUCCUGCAACACCUUCCCCUUGGAACUCCAUGCCUAUUGAUUUCAAGCACACACCUUCCUUAUCCUCUUCUCAGCCCCUGCUUAAAACAGUUCUGUUUUGGCAAGCCUAGACAGACAUGUAGAAGUUACAUGAGCUUUAUCUCUUUUUGGCUACUUUUGAAUGUUUUUUGAUACUUGUUUUUAACUCCCCCGCCCAAGAAUAUUAAUGUUUUAUUUCAUAUUUUUGUAAGCCACUUAGAAGCUUUCUUGCAAACAGGCAGUAUACAAAUUUUGUUAAAUGAAAUAGUAACUCCUCCCAUAGGGCUUUUUCACACAGGAAGUCUGAGCAGCUGGGGAGGCUGAAGGAAUGCUAGGGAAAUCUUUCUGAAGGAAAGGAAAACACAAACACUAUCUUUGACCACCUUGUGAUGAUGAUAAGAUGAGCUCCAAACCCUAAGCUGACCCUAAAUUUCUCAGUGCCCUGAGAACAAAAUGCUUUUCACAGUGUAAGAAAACGUUUGAGAAAUGGGGGGGGGAGAUUUUGCUAGUCCUUCUCCUCCUCUUUCCUUGUAUCUGGACCUUCCUUUUCAAAAUCAAUAGCUGCUUGUGUUUCGUUUUAGAUCCAGCCUUUUUCUUAUUGUGGGGGACGGGGGCGCUACCUGGCGCAGCUGCUGGAAACAGGAGAAACCGCAUACAGUUACCUUCUCAGUUUCCACUAGAAGGUUUGCAGGGAGAGUGUGUCCCCAAGGCCUUUCUGAGCAAACAAAAAAACCUCUUCUCCCUUUUGCUUGUUGGCAUCAAAUGAUAGCCUGAACUGGUGCCUAAUUUUAGCCUCUUGUCUCCUGCUUGGGUCUCGUUUUGCGAUAUCCUUCCUGCAGUUUUUUUAGAAUGGAGCUUUGCUUACUGCAGUUCAUUGUGGCUGGGCUAGAGCUCAGUGGAGAUAAAUCUGUAUUGUGUAGACUUCCUGUCAGGGGGGUGGGGGUGGUUCAUGUGUUUGGAGGAAUUUCCUGGUACUUUUGAGCAGGGAAGCGAAGGAAUUUUGGGGGGAAAUUUCAUGUGAACUUGAGUCUCGCCCAUUGUCCCUUACUUUUUGACAGGGAUGGAGCUCAGGCCAGAAUUAUUAUUUAUUACUGUUUUAGACUGCCAACCCAAUAUCUCUGGUGACAAAUAGCUUACAAACAACCACCAAAUUCCUUUAAAAUAUGGUUUUAGUUGCAAACGUUCAUUAUUUGGGGCUGUACAGGGUUUUCCUCAGCUUUGUAUUUUAUGUUAUUGAAUUAUGUUCUACUCUCUUUCAGUGCUUGGUAUUAGUGUUUAUUUUAUUGAUUUGUUUUUUGGCUACUCCUUCUUCUUCUACAUAUUAUUUUAGACUGUCUCCUGUAACCCACUUAGAGGUCUUUUUGUUCUAGUAAGAGUCAUGGCUUCCUGCAAAGAAUCCUGGGAGCUGCAGUUGUUCAUGUGCUGAAGACUCCUCUUCCCCUCAGAGAGCUGCAAAUGUCAGAGUGAUAUAAAAAUCAAUCCUCUUCCCAGGGGAACUCUAGGAAUUGUAGCUCAGGGGAAGGGUUGUCUGCUAGCAAACAGAACUACAUUUCCCAGGAUUCUUUGGGGGAAGCCAUGGCUGUUUAAUAUUAUACUGUAUUGCUUUAAAUGCAUGGUGCAGAGGGCUCCCCUGCCAACAAUCUCCCUCACUCCCCCUCCUGCCCAGUGCUUUAGUAGUGCAUACCUAUGCACGGUGACAGCAAGCACGUAGACAGGAUCAGAAGGAAGAGCUUGUAAAAAAUAAAUUGCUGGCUGUGCAUCCUUCUAGCCUUGGCAACUAGCCAAGAGGGUAGUUCUUCUGGCUGGGUGACAUCACUAGACACUACACAGGCCUUGAGGUUGUGAAAAGCUAAUGAAGAGGAGAGCCUGCUUAAGCCUGUGCACAGAUGGUUUGUCUUUCUGAUAACUGGUUUGGAAGAGGGCAGGGGAUUUGAGGCUGCUCAGUUAUUGUGGGAGAGGGUAGAAGCAAGUGCACAGAUCAUGCUGUGCAGCAGGUCGUUCCUGCCCUGUGAAAUGUGAGAGUUCCUCUUGAGCUUUGUAUCCCGUGCUUGACUGGGUAGGCUCAGGCUUGGGGUUAUAGUUUCUGCUUUCUAGUUGGUACAGGCAACUCCCCAUUUACGUGGAGGUUACGUUCCGAGGCACAACGUGUUUAAGUGAAAUCGCAUAUAUCCGGAACAUUGUUGAAAAAGCCUGCAAACACCACAAUCACUCCCUCCAAACCUCCUUGCUCAAACUCCAACUCUCCACAGGCCUCAAAGGUCGGUGCAAGAGCUGCUGGGAUUGCACUUGCAAAGGCUCGUGGGAUUGCCUGACACUGUUUUCAUGCCAUUUUUGCUGUUUUGCACUCUUUGGGGUCUGUUUUUGCUCCUUUUGUGCCACUUCCAGGUUUGCGGUGAUGCACAUGUUCGCGGUCAUGCAUGCCUUGAAUGUGCACAAAUGGAAAGUUGCCUGUAUGUGGCUCUGAAGACUGUGCUCUAAACCAGCUUCAGAGCAGGGUUGGGAAAACUUCCCCACCCCAUCGCCAGCCCCAGGGCGGCUUUUCCUCUUGAGUGACUUUCUGGAGGCUGCAUACCAGCAAAUGGGUGGGCCAAAGCAAAAAUAUGGUCUGAGGCCUGAGCAGCAAGUAGAUAGAUGCAGAAUUAUACUUGCUGGUGUCUUUAGUGUUGCUACCCCAUGUGGUGAAUCACUGAACUUUCAGGUGGAAGCUUUCUUAUUGGAGAACCUUCCCAGCAGCCUCUGCCCAUUGAGUCACAGGAUUGUAGAGUUGGAAAGGACCAUGAGGCUCAUCUAGUCCUAUCCCCAAUCUCUAAGGGGUCUCUGUAGUAUAGUGUAUUUUAAAAUGGGGUUUUAGAGUUUUUAGGGGUUUUUGAAUGUUUUAUGUAGUUUUUAUGUAGUUUUAUGUAGUUUUUCAAUUUCAUUGUUCUGCAAGGGACAAUGACAAUAAAGAUAUCGUAAUCAUAAUCCCCAGCUGGCCAUUGGUUCUUCCUGAGCAGGAAGGAGUAUAAAGGCCUUCCUUUUCCAGCUGUGUUUGCUGGAGCAACAAAGUCAUCUUGAGCUGGGAACUGUAGUUUGCUAAGGGUGCUGAGAGUUGUUAGUCCCAUAAUUCUCUGGAAAGAGGGAUUGGCUGUUAAACCACCCUGGGAAUUGUAGGGGGGAAGGGGGGAGGAAUUGUGUACCGUAUUUUUCGCUCUGUAAGACGCACAUUUCCCCCUCCAAAAAUUAAAGGGAAAUGUGUGUGCGACUUAUGGGGCGAAUGCAGGCUCCUUGGCUUCAGUGAUAGCAACGCGAAGCUUCUAGAGUGCAGUGGUAGUUCCUGCUGCGCUCCGGAGGCUUCGGGUUGCCUUCACUGGAAGGCGAAGGCAAUUUGGGAGAGGGAGAGUUGCGCAGCGCCCCUUCAGCGAAGCGGGAGAAGAAUUGGAAGGGGCUCCGUUUCUCCUGCCGCUUCUCUGAAGGGGCACUGCGCAAAGAGGGAGAGAAUUUUUUUUUCUUGUUCUCCCCCUCUAAAACAAGGUGCGUCCUAUGGUCGGGUGCGUCCUAUAGAGCAAAAAAUACGGUAGUUUUAUUCACUGCUGGGCAGUUAUCACUGGUUACUAGUCAUGAUGGCUGUAUAUGACCUCCAGUAUCAGAUGGAGGCCGUAUGCCUCUGAAAAGCAGCUGCUGAGAGAUCAGGAGUGGGAGAGUGCCAUUUCUCUCAUGUCCUACUUAUGGGCUUCCUGUAGGCAUCUGCUUGGCCACUGUGAGAACAGGAUGCUGCACUAGAUGGGGCCAUUGGCAUGAUCUCAUAGGGCUCUUGUUGUUUUAUCUUCUGGGACAAUUCCUGCCUACCCCUGCCAACUUCAAAGGUGGGAGGAAGACCAGUUGCCUAUCACAUUUGCCAGAGCACAGUAAAACCCUUGAAGCCUGAAUGCAGCUAUACUCUCUCUCCUUUCACCACCACACUCCUCAAGGCGCCCUGCCUCAAGCCGCUGUUCUUGAUGAGCCAUUAUGGGCUGUGAAGUGAGAGGCUGGCCGGCUGAGCCAUCCAGUGCAAUCCAGCAGGAUGUUCCAGUAAUUUUGUUGCUCAGCUCUUGUGCACUGAUGGAAGCUUGCUCAGAAAAAAAUACCUGCCGAUUGUGCCCCAUGUUAAUUAGUACAAAUGAGACAGCUGUUAGUUCCUUUUCGGGGGAGGGGGGGUCAAUCUAUAAUGAAGCAUAACACCUUCACAUUUCUUGGGCCAGCCGUGCAUAUUAUCCUUAGGAAUAGUUGUUCCAACUAGCAUAUAUUGAGGAAGUCUGUUGCUCUUUCAUUCCCAUGCUAUAACUUUGGCCAGCACUGAGGAGCCUUAUGAGUGCAGGAGUUAACAGAAUGCAUCCCCAGCCUUUGCAUGAACCAUUGAUGACUCACAGGGCAGUUUUCAAAAAAGAAAUUAUACAAAACCUCUGGGUUUUUAUUCUAUAUUUCCAGCAGCGCAAAACCAAUUAAGGGGUUGUUUUUCCUUCCUCCACAAGCCUUUUAACAGAAGGGGUUGAUAAGCAUCCCCACUUGUUUGAAAAAUGCAACACAGAACUAGAAGUUUUAAUUAUUAUUUUUUAUAAAUUUAUUUAUUUUUUUAUCCCACCUGCCCUGAGUGCAACCAGUUGUUAUGAAACUCGAAACAUCAAGUCAAGUGUCCCAGGUUGAAGGGGGGGGAGGGCAGUUGGGGCAUAUCCCUUCUAUCCAAUCGUUUAAUGUUUCGUACCAGGUACCCUUAAACAAUAAACCUUCUUAAUUCCACAGAGCUCCCGGAAAACUGGACCGACACCAGAGAAACCUUAUUGGAGGGCAUGCUCUUCAACCUGAAGUACCUGGGCAUGACACUCGUCGAACAACCCAAAGGUGAAGAGCUAUCCGCUGCUGCUGUCAAAAGAAUUGUAGCCACGGUGAGCUUCCCUUUACUUCAUACCCUCACACCCCCAAAUGUCCUCCGUUAUGCCUAGGCUAGAAGGGUAGCAGCCAUAGCAGUAUAUGUGCAGCUUCCAUAGCUCUGUCCUGUUGAAUCCAGAGCAGUGCUUGAAAGCUGAGUUUUUGGCUCUAUCUCCCAUUCAAACUUCAGAUAGGUUUGAAAGUUUACUGGGAAUGUGGAUGACUUGUGCUUUUGUUUUUGUAAUUCUUUGGAGGAUCUCAGAUGGGGGCUCUGUUUCUGUGGUCAAGUGAAGGGUGUUAGCAGGUUUGGAAAACCCCACAAAUUCACAGACGUACAAAACAUAUUUUAAGGAAAUUUUUGAACUAGGGGUGCAGAGGGGGAACCCCAAACAAGUGCUCAGUGGGCAUGGAAUUCUGGUUAGAUGCUGGGAGGGGUGGAAAAAUGAGGCGGGAGGGAAAUAGGAUGGAGUGACUAGACGUCUGAACAGCAGCACUUCACACUGCAACUUUCUGCUACAGAUCCUACAUGUUAACACUUCAAUUCGGCCUAUAGCCAUGCACUCUAAACUUAUGUUCAAGAACAGUAGGGAAACUCGUUCAAGUGACAUUAAAAACCAUUAAAAUUCAGUUCAUAAAACAGAAAGCAGUUCAUAAAAUGCAUAAAAUGCUUUGCAAUUAUAGGAAAUUAGCCAACAUAAAAGUGGCCUGAUUUAUAGCAAGUUACUAAAAACUUGCUUGAAUAAAGGAGGCUUUGCAUAUCUUGCUAAAAAUCUGUAGAGUUAUACUUGGGCGGGUUUCUUGUGGCAGUGGAUUGGGGUGGUAGCUAGCAAAGAUCCUGAUGUUUGUCCCCAUCAAAUGAAGAAAGAGGAAGAAUAUCUUAAGCAGGGGCCCAUCUGAUGACCUCAAUCCAUAGGAGGGCUCCCAUGGGGUGUGGAGGUGUUUCAUGGGGCCAAAUAAACCGCCACAUGAUAUGUUUGAAUUUUAUUGUUUUGUAUGCUUCAUUCAAUUUGUUUUCCUUGAAUUAGAAUUAGUAUGAAUCAUGACAUCAUGAAGCCUCAUUUAACCUCUGCAGUUUUCAAAAUUCGCAAAAGGGUUUCUAGGCCGCGGAUGAACCUGCGGCUCCCUGGGUAUUUUUGUUGGUCUCCAGUUCCCACCAACCCCAGCAAACAUGGUCAGUGGUUGGGAAGUUGACGUCCAACAAAAUUGGGAGGGCCACAGGCCCCUCAUGCUCCUGUUCUAGGCCAUAUGAAAGGCUACCUCUCAUGUGUUACCUGCUCCUGCAGCUCAGCUAUGUGCUGCGACUUGCAUAUAUUCUCCUGGUGAAUAGGAGGAGAAAAGCUCAUUGUUUGCAAAACCAAACCCCCUGGUUUGUAAACCGGAGUGUUUUCAUAUUAGAGAAAGAAAUAAGAAUAUUGCUGAAGAAAUGAGAACCUGCAGCCAAAUGUUUCAUUGCGGAGCGUCCCUGUUCAGUGCCUUCCUGCACGAUACUCUGUUCUGUUCCUCUUCUUACCAGGUAAGUUGAUUUAUCUCCACCAGACCCAUGAAACAUGUUGAAUGUUUUCUUUCUCAAGGCAAAAGCAAGUGGCAGAAAGCUCCGGAAAGUAACUCUAAAAGUGUCUCCCAGAGGGAUAAUCCUCAGUGACAGUGUAACAAACGAAGCAAUCGAAAACAUCUCAAUAUACAGGUACGUUCCAAUUGUAGUUUUUGAAGACACAGAGUAAGUAUUUAAGGCACGGUGGUAAAACUGUGAUACUGGCAGAUGCAAGGAGCAUGGCUUUCUCAGUGGUGGCCCCACACCUCUCAGAUUCCCUUGCCAGGUUAAUAGAUACAUUCUCUGUGAAGUGUGUUUAUCCACCACUUUACACACAUCCCUCCAAAAGAUACUCUAGACUGUGUACUGAGUGGGGCCAUUGCUAUACAAGUUGAGACCCCCUUUUUGAACUCCCCUGAACUUGCCCCUCUCCCCACUUUCCUUAGGCUUCACCAGUCUCCUUUUAUAAUAGGUGCACCGCUUGGACUUCUCAUUCUAUCCACUCCUGUGCUUCUCUCAGCUUUCCUCUUUCUGAUUCCUCACCAGGCCCAUGCUUCCCGCUCAGUGUUUCUGCUUUAUCUCUGCACGCUGAGAGGAGAGGCAUGACCUCCAGACUGACCUGAUUUAUUGCUGGUGGGUCUUCCUGCAAAGACUUACACAGGCACAGCAGCCUCCUCCUCACAGCCUCAUUGUUAUGCGCAAAUGCAGCCAUACAGUCCCGCAGCACCUUAAAGACUAACUCAUACGCUGUGGAAAAGAGCCGCACUUCAUCAGAUGCGUUACCCCCAGUUGAAAGGUGUGUGUAUGUUUAUAGGCAGCCAUUUAUAGGGAUGUUUUUAAUGUUUGAUGUUUCACUGUGGUUUUAUCAUUUUGCCUCUGCAUAAUGAUCAUAGAAUUGUAGAGUUGUAAGGGAUCCUGAGGAUCAUCUAGUCCAGCCCCCUGCAAUACAGGAAUAUGCAACUGCUACAAUACAGGGAUUGAACCUGCAACCUUGGCAUUAUCAGCACUGUGCUUUAACCAGCUGAGCUAUCCUUCUAAUUUGUUGGAAGCUGCCCAGAGUGGCUGGGGCAACCCAGUCAGAUGGGCAGCAUAUAAAUUUAUUUAUUUAUUUAGGCUGCAAAGGUAGUGGGGGUAAAGAAGUAAAGAGUGGGUUCAGAUAGCAUGAAAUGCAAAAAUUACGAUUUGUGAUAAUUCAAUUGAAACUUAAACGUACGCUGAUAAACAUUGCAGCCGUUCCCAACAGCACUUAUUUGGUGAUGACUCAGGCAUCUUAGCUUUGCUGAGCUAAUUAGCGCCUGCAGCGGGACAGGAAGCCAUCGCUGUGAUCAUCCCCAAAUGAAUAGAAUCAAAUGUCUUGAUAAGUUCUCAUUCUGCAGCUUCAUGCUGUAGCCUCCUUUUGAAAUCCCCUUUGCAGGAGAAUUGAAACCAGUGGUGGCUGGUAGGCAGAAGGCAGAAAGGUCAACAGUUGGUGGAGCCAAAGCCAAGGAGAGUCAGAGCCAAAUAAUUCUUGUUUGCUCCCCAUCCUCCUCUCUGCUGAGUUCUAUAAUGGCAACGCUGAGAGUAAGGAGGAGGAAGCUGACAGCCAGGGCCACCCUGGGACUGGAUUUAAGUAAGAAAGCAGGUGGGAGCUGUCAGAGGCCUUCAGCAGUUUCCGGGAAGCUUGGUCAUUAGUUGAAAGUAGUUCUGGGUGACGUCUGUGGCCUUCUUCUUCAUAGCCUCUUGCGUACACUGUGGAAAAAAUCAUUAAUUUCAGAGGCUACCAGGAGUGGUAUUUUACUCCUAAAGAUGAAUAAAGUUUGUAGGUGUCACUUAGGAGGGCCCCUCUGGAACCCGUUUUCCCAAAAACACACUAAUUUUUUGCUUGCUGAAUGGAUUUCAGAGUCUCUGCUGCUGUUACAAAAACCAGCAUUUAACAGCUUAAAAAAACCAAUUACAGGGAAAGAGGGAAAACAUAAGUGCCUCUUAUAAAAACAAAGCACUGUGAAGCUCCAUGUAGGACAAAUGUAGGCCACACCGGAGCACAACAAGACACUUAAUGCAAUGUAAAUUAAUUUUGAAUGUAUUUUAAACCCUGGAAAACUCAACUGGUAGAUCAGGCACUGCUUUCCUCAAGAGGAACAGCCCCUUGCUCAUGACAAAGGUAUGCUUGGUACAGCUUUGUGCUAUGGGACAGCCAUUUGAGGGUAUUACAAUUUUGGGGCCAACGUCUCUAGUAUUUUUAUGAUUAAUUUAUCACUCUUGCACCAUCAAUAUGCACGGUGCAUUGCGGAAUACAAGAAAACAUAGGAAGCUGGUUCGCUCACAAUGCCAGGCCGUAGUUUUUCAACAAACCACAAGUUGUUACACAUAUGACUAAACCAAACCAUGGUUUUUUUCUUCACAAUCCUGUCGGAUAUGGACAUCGUUCUGCACAAUGGUCAGCAAGGCCAGUUUCUCUGUCAUGCUGCUUAUCUAUGAAUGCCCUUCCAAGAAUAGGUGAAAUACCCACAGUUGUUUUUGUAAGACAACCUUCUUCAACCUCCUACCUAUGAGAGGUGUUUUGGACUUCAUUGCCAUUACCCCUGCCAGUGGCUAGGUUUCUGGGUGAUGGUGUCCAACAAAAUCUGGAGGGCACCAGAUUGGGGAAUGCUGUUAGAAAGACAUCCCUCAGGCACCAGCCGUUAUUGGCUUGUAGAGUUCAAAGCUGUUUUUCACCCAGUCAAAGGGAGCGUCAUCCUGCCAAAAGGGAUGUUCCUCAGCUCAUGGGCUGAGUGCCUGCCGUCAUGCUGCUUUAAUGAUGCUUGAACCUGUGAGAGUUUGAGGAUGAUCUUCGCAGGCAGCGUUUUCUCAACACCUUUCCAUCAGUUUCUCUUUAUCAUUUGUAGCCAAGGACCACAGAGAGUUGAGGGACAGCGCUGGGCUUUGGAGGAAGUGUCAAAACGCAUUUGCAGUCCCAAGAUGUGUAAGCUGAACUAGUCUCUUCAUCGAGUGGACAGCUCGCUUCUGAGUUGUCCUGAAACUUAAGUGCGCUCUGACACAGUGCUGCUGAAUAAAUAAAUGACCGACUAUAUACCCCCAGGGCAAGAUUUAUCCUCUCCUCCUGAGAAAGGUCAUCAGAUCUUCAUCAGGCUUGGUGGGGGGGGGGGGGAGAUAAUUCAAGAUGCACUGACUAUGCUGCUUUGAACUGCUGCUCCCUGCAAGCGAUGAGUGAUUUUCUGCUUCAAGUCAUGUUCUUCUGUUACAAAACGUGGGGUGAAUGCAUGUGCGGUCCUUCGGGCAUUUCAACCUGGCAUCUCCCCAGGUCACACACCCUCCCGAGCCUCAUUCCUCACUAGGCCUGAUUUGAGUCCUCCUCGUGCAUUUUUGGCACACUCAUUGCUAUGCCCUCUUUUGCCUCUAGCCCUCUCCUGAGGUUCAAGAACAUAGAAAGCUGCCUUCUACUGAGUCAAACCCUUGGCCAUUUAGCUCAGUACAGUCGUGCCUUGGAUCUCAAAAUGCCUUGGCUCCUGAAGAUUCAAAACCUGGAAGUAAGUGUUCCGAUUUUUGAACGAUUUUUCAGAAGCCGAAUGUCAGGCGUGGCUUCCGAUUGGCUGCAGGAGUUUCCCGCAGCCAAUCAGAAGCUGUGCUUUGGUUUCCGAAUGUUUUGGAAAUUGAACGGACUUCCGGAACAGAUUCAGUUAGACUUCCAAGGUACGACUGUAUUGCCUAUGUUGACAGGCAGUGGCUUUCCAGGGUUUCAGGCAAGGUUUUCUCACAACCACACCUGGAGAUUCCAGGGAUUGAACCUGGGACCUUUGCAUGUAAAGCAGAUGCUCCACCAAGGCUAUGGCCCUUCCCAACUAAGAGCUUAGGGCUGAUGGGAAUUGUAGUUGAAAACAUCAGUAAGACACCAGGUUGGUGGAGGCUGGUCUGUCCUUAGUAGCAGUGGCUCUGCAGGAUUUCAGACAAGGGACUUUCCCAGCCCUUCCUGGAGAUACCAGAAAUUCCACAUGGGGUCUUUCUACCAUUGAGCUACAGCUCUUCCCCAACUCAGAAGGGAGCUCUCCACUUGGAUUAUAAAUGUGUUUGAAGCUUUCCUUCCUACCAACCCCAGCCUUGUUCCCCAACUGUCUGUGGUCCUUGGCUACAAGCAAGAAUAGCAAUUGGUAGAAAUGUGCUGAGAAGCCUGUUGAAGACCUGGUAGCCUUUCUUGGGCAGGGAGAAUGAAGCCUACAUCUUGCCCUGGGGAUUUAUAGCCGGCCAUUUUUAAAUACAAAGUGGCCCAUUUUUAGGCUUUUGUAUAAUCAGGACAUUGAUGGGUGGGGGAGGGACAAUAGCUGCUAAGGAGUAGUUGGCUGCUCCAGGCACCUGGCAUGCACAUCACUCACUCCCAUAUUGGUGGGCAGAUAGGGUGGCUCCUCCUGGCGUGAUGCCCAUGCUGGCCUUCAGCUUCUCUAACAGAAUGGGGUGGGCACAUUGCAGAAGAGCAAGAGUUGGCAGGAUUUCCUGAGCUCAAAGUACUCUUCCCCACCCCCGCACACUCUCCUGUUUUAAAAAUGGAAGCACUCCUUAGAAAGCAGAGCUUUUGGGAAGAUGGAUGGGUAUUUGUUUUUCUGCAUUUCCCUAGCGUUAUAAGAUCUCAGCCUGGAAAAUUGCAUUCUCUCUGCUUUGAUCUGAUAAGCAAACUCUAUGAAUCUGUGCAUGGUGUGUGCCUGAAACUUUCAUUUGUUUCUCUUAUUUGUAAAGCAAAGCCUCACAAUAUAAGUGCUGUGCUGUUUGGUGCAAAGCACAGAGGUUUAUAUUAGAAUUCAGCAUCCUAUCAGCUUCUGUUUUGUUUUUUUUAAAGUUUCUAGGCCUUAUGGUGAAAAUAUUAGCUGCGAAGUAAGUGGCCAGGGACUGAUCAUCUCAGAAACUACUGUGGGGAGGCUGAGUUGGAUUUCCAGUACUGUGGGUGCUGCCUGGGAUAGCUCAGUUGGUGGAGCAUGAGACUCUUAAUCUCAAGGUCGGGAGUUUCUCUUGACUACAGGGAAACACUGGGCACAGCUGAGAGAGAUUAACCCCAAAAAUGUUGUGGGUCCCCUAUUGUCGGUGCCCCUGGCCAGGGGCUGCUCAGUCAGGGCUUCAACCCUGUAAGGAGGCAAGAUAAUCCAGGAGUCCCAUUGGGAAGCAGGGCACCUCUUCUAAUGUUCCUGGCUUCUCCCUCUCACUUCAUACGCUGUUCCUUCAAAGAACCUGGUUCUAAACCAUGUAGAGCAGGUAUGCCUUUAGCCACAUUUCAUGUGGGUGCCAAGGAGGCAGAAAUGGCGAGAAAGUGGGUGACAGAGACAAGAUGUUGGCAGAAAUAGGGAGAAAGGGGGAUGGCCCCAGCCUCUUUGGUUUUCAGCCCCACCUCCUGCUGGUGUGUGGCCCCUGACAGAUUACCUCUGAGGGAAUGUAACCCCAGACAGAAAAAGGUUUGCUCUCCCCUGGUGUAGGGCUUUAAAGGCUAUUAGCAGCUCUUUAAAUUAGGCCCAGAAGCGACUGGUACACAAAAGGUGCUCUGAGCACCUGGCCCCUACAAACAGCUUCGAUCUGUGCUAGGAUGUCUUCAGAAUCUCACACCCCCCGCCCCCGCUUACAUCUCUACAUUUGAAGGCCUGCUUCAAGGCCCCUUGCCAUCUAAAGUGUGCCAGCUGGGACCUUUUGGUUGUGCACCCAAUGUUUUGGAAUGCCCUCUCUGAAGGGGAGGUAUCAACCUGCCUCGAUUGCUGCCUGCAUUCUGACAGGCAGUGAAAACCCUUGACCUUUUCUGAAAAGCACCGGCAGAUUGAUAUAUACAGCUGCCCAUACUGCUGUGCUUUGCUACUGAGAGUUUGGUUUGGUUGGUUUCACUGUUUAAUUACGUGUGUGUGUUUUCCCCUCCCCCCCCCCAUUGUUUUAUUUCUCUGUUGUGUAUUUUACACUGUAUUAAACAGUAUUGCUAAUUUCUCCUGUGGGGACUUUUUUGACAGAGGGUAAGGUAGAAACAAUCUUAAUAAAAUUAUUAUUUAGUGUUUUUACCUCACCUUCCUUAUCAGUCAAUCAAAGCUAUUUGAGAGUAAAAACACAACCAGGCAUGAAAAUCAAUGCCGUCGGAAAACAAUGCAAAGCCAUAGGGUUGUCUCCAGUGCUAGUCCUACUCAGAGGAGACCCAUUUAAAUUAAUAGACAUGACUACUGUAGGUUCCUUAAUUUUAAUGAGUCUGCUUAAGCAGAACUUAGUUUGGUACAAGAGCACUCUUGUCUCUUGGGGUUUGUUGCAAUUCAUUCUACAGUUUUAAGACACCUGCUGUAGACAGACAGAUAUGCAAAUAUAUCCAUUGUGGGAUAUAAGUGUAGUAAGGCAGUAAAUAUGAACAAGUUACACGUUUAUAUAUAGCUUUUAAAUUUUGCUGGUCUUAUAGAUUUCAAUUGUUCUGUGUAUACUACUUAAUGAUUUUUUUGACCGAUGGCUUUAUAAAUUCUUAUAAACAAAUAAAAAUAAUUGAUAGUCCGUAUUUACCAUGUGACAGGUCUGAAACCUUUCUGUGAAAUGUUUAUUUAUAAAAUGUGGCAUGUUCAGGCUCAUAAGUCCACAAAAGAGAAUUAGGGCUCUUCCUCUUCAGCAGCCUAGCUCUUGGUUUCUAACAAGAAAAGUUUUCCUCCCUUUCCCAUGAUACAAUAACUUGGGCCCAUCCACCAAAGUUGAAAGAUUCCUGAGAGACAAAAGAAAGACACUUCUUCACACAGCACAUAGGCCACAUUUAUGCCAUACAUUUAAAACUCUCACUGAUUGGCAGGCGGGUGUGGUUAGGGGAAAAGGUCCCCUGCCCCUGCUUUAUCCCAUCCUUCACCAACCUGGUGCCCCCCCCCAAAUACCUCAUACUGCAACUCCCAUCAGCCUCAGUCACUUUGGAGACACUUGUGUAAGACCCCUUGCAUGUGUGGUUUGCCAAAUUUUACAGAGCUAGAACUUGUGGUGUUGGAGGAAGGGGGGCUUGGGUGUAGAGUGCAUUCCCCCCCCUUUAAAAAAAUAAUGUGUAUUUAAUGUCUUGUUUUGCCAAUGUUCACAGGAUAUCCUACUGCACAGCAGACAAAGUGCAUGACAAGGUGUUUGCCUAUAUUGCACAGAGCCAGCACAAUGAGAACCUGGAGUGCCACGCUUUCCUCUGCACCAAACGGAAAAUGGUCAGUAUUGUGUUUUAAUAGCUGGUUGAGCAAUGCACGCAUUUCUUUGCGGUGAGGUGUCAAGGGUGGGGUGAUGAAAGCACCUCUUGCAGGCGCAGCUUGGACAAGGGUGCAAAAGGAACACCAAAGAUAAUGUAAUUUGAACCCUGGUCUCCCAGGUCCUAGCCUGACACCCUAACCAUUGUGCCGCACUGGCUUCUUCAGUGGGUGGGGCGUUUUAAUCCCACCUUUUAAAAAUACAAAUGUGUUUUAGAUCCUUCUGUGCUGGCUUUAAGGUAUAUUAGUUAUUUGUUGUUGUAAAUCGCUUUUAAGUUACAUCAGUAAACAAAAGCAACUAAUAAGUUCAAUAAAUAAUAAUAGUACCUAUCAACACCCCUUUUUGCAGUUGGCACUUAAUUUCUGUUGCAGAGCCUAGGUGGAGAAAAAGCAUUAAAAAUGAACCCUCAAUGUGGGAGUGUUUAAAGAGGAGAACUGGUGGAUAGUGGAAGGGUUUGCCCAACCCCAGGUGCUUUGAACUACAACUCCCAACUGCUGUGCCGGCUGGGGCUGAUGGGAGUUGUAGUCCGAAGUAUCAAGGGGGCACCUGGUUGACAAAGGCUGGGUUAAGCAGGUGCCUCCCAGUCUCUGAUGCUUCCCUAAAAAAUUGCCACACCAAAAUCCUCUUAAUGACAACUUCAGUCUUCAGUGUCAUUUCUUAAAUGACCUUGUAAACUUUUGAUGCAGAAAGAACAACAAAGUUCUUCUCUCUCUCCCCAUGCACAAAAAUAUGUGACAUUAUAGAAAUAUGGGGAGAGGGUGCAGAGACCUUGAUUGUAUGUCUUAGUUUCCCCAUCUCUGUCAUAUAAUUAGUCUAUAUUUUUAGCAGCUGGGCAAUUCUCACCCGUAUCUGGGUCUAUUAAACUUGAUUUGAAUGUGACAGCCGAAAUUGUAAACAGCUGUGAGGAGCUUCAUACUUAAUUACCAUAUUUAAGGAGCGGGUUUUUGUUUUUGUUGUUUGUUCUUCUUUACCCAUCAUAAGAAGAAGAAGAAAAAAUGUUUUCCUCUUCCACCAAAGAUAUAAAUGGUUCAGUCUUUCAAAUGAGAUUUGGCACAGAUACAAGUUUUGUCCAUCUCCUAACUUGCUGCUCCCCUGUGGCAAGUAAAACUUGCCUGCAGGCCACCCUGCCGUAAAAUUUGUAAAUUGGGAAGGGAGGUGGUAAUUCCAAGCUGUUGGUGAGUCCUGGGUCAGGACCAAACAUACAUGCAUAUACUGGUUGCCAUUUUGUUUCUGGGUCCAGUUCAGGGCCUUCACAUUAGUGUUUAAAGCCCUCAGUGACUUUAAGUCCCAAGCGGGUGGCGCUGUGGGUUAAACCACAGAGCCUAGGGCUUGCCAAUCAGAAGGUUGGCAGUUCAAAUCCCCGCAACAAGGUGAGCUCCCAUUGUUCGGUCCCUGCUCCUGCCAACCUAGCAGUUCAAAAGCACGUCAAAAUGCAAGUAGAUAAAUAGGUAUUGCUCCGGUGGGAAGGUAAACGGUGUUUCCGUGCGCUGCUCUGGUUCGCCAGAAGCGGCUUAGUCAUGCUGGCCACAUGACCCGGAAGCUGUACGCCGGCUCCCUUGGCCAAUAAAGCGAGAUGAGCACCGCAACCCCAGAGUCGUCUGCGACUGGACCUAACGGUCAGGGGCCAUAGCAGGGCUUUACCUUUACCUUUAUCUGUCUGCUUGCACAGACCCUCUGCUGGUUCCUCUCCCCAUUCCCACCCCACUCUGCAAGUUGAAGAGUGAUUCUCUGGAGCCCCCUGUACUGGGGAUGGGCCUUUUCUGUCAAUUUCAGUUUUUCUGAAUUGGUUACUUUUCCAAUCAGUAGUUCUAUUCUCCCCAUUUUCACAUGAGAAGGUACUAUUUUUACCAGCAUUUUGCUGCAAUUUUCUCCUAUUUAUAUGCUUGUAUGCAAUUUUCCCUAAUGCACAUGUUUUUGCAAAGUAAUAUAGUGAAUUUUGUAUGUUGUUGUUUCACAGAUAUCUGCAUUUUUAUGCACGCCUUGCCCUACCUAGUCUGUGCAUUUUUAUACACAUUGCAGAACACAGAAAAGUAGAGAUUUUGAAGGAUGGCUAUGUUUACGCUUGUGUAUUGCUUCAGGAAAGUGUGAAUCAGAUAGGUGUGCCAUUAAGUGCGAAAUGAGUCAGUUUCCUCUUCCAACGCCAUGCCAUGCUCACUGUCAUCUGAGUGAUGGUCGCUUUGGACGGCUAUCCUCUCUAUCUUGUACCCUGUCGUGGGGGUGGCUACCUUAUUGGUCCCCUCUCACUUAAGUUGGUGGAGUGAAAUUCUUGUGCCAGGACUGGGGGUAUUGAUACGGAAGUGGCUAUGGAUUGACAGGGUGCAGGAUAUGGCGCACAUGGGCUUCACCCACCCCCAUUGCCUGAGGCAGCUUUAGAGGAGCGUCACUGGUUUGGUCACACUGGGCGUGCAGCCUUGGGGACGCUGCAGGGGACACUGUAACUAUAAUGUAGAAUAAAGCACGAGAGGCAGGGGGGCACCAAAUUUUGGGGUUGCACAGGGUGCCGCUGAAAUUUGAGACCCCAAGGGUUCCCACCCUGUAUCUGCACUGGCAGAACAGCUCCACUGACAGUGUGUUCCUCUAAUGUGGGCAGCAUGUCUGGCCUUCUGCUUGCAUAGCAGGGCUUCCCUCAAAUCCUCUCUCUCUCUCUCUCUCUCUCUCUCUCUCUCACACACACACACACACACACACACCCCAGCUCACAAAUUUCAAGUAAUGACGGGUGCCUCAGUUGAUUAAAUGCCGAAGUCUUUAUUGUUGGUUUUAUUACUGUGGCGUGCACCCACUAUCUGUGCUUUCCGGAAACAAUUGCAUGCAUUUUUAUUUUGACAAGCUUUUGCAGCAGGGUGCCAUUGACGCUUGUUUUGUUUUGUUUAAAAUCUGUAUUUGGUUGUGUUCGGUAAUGCACUUUAAACUAUUUUUAGCUGUUUCCAAAAAUAUAUAGUAGAUGUUAAUUUUAGGGUGCACUCUGCUCUGAUAAUUUUUCUCGAUUUCAGCGGUAUAGAAGUUUUGGUAUACCGUGUUUCAAUCAAUGAGAUAGCUUCAGCACUGAGAAGCACUUGUGCAGCUACAGCUCCUUUUGAUUUUGGUAUUUUUAAAGACAGAUUUUGUGUAAGGAAUCCAGUCCUUCCGUUUCAAGUGCAGGGUGAGUCAUUAACACCCCUCUCUGCAUGCGCAAGCAUAGAAUUUUAGCCCAAGUCCUGCUGCAGCCUGCCAUUGCAGAGUCCACAGUAGCAUGGCUAAACUGGUCUGUAAGCACACGUGUGGUUGAGAAAUCCAGAUGACCACCUUAGUAUGGGCUUGUUCAAUCUGGCUGUCAGCCCUCAUCUCUCCCCCCACCCCCCAAGAAAAAGUCAUUACAGAUUGAAUAUAAGCACCCCCAAACGAGUGUCUGAACUCAUUCUCCGAGUUCUGCAGCUGCCUCUCUCCAUAACAGUGGGCGCCGCUGCUGGCAUCAAUAUUGAAUUAAGUCUUGAAUGGUGGCAUGGGACUUGUAGAGCCGUAGAAUGAGGAACGAGUUCCUGGUUUAACAUCUCUCAGCUGCGCGAAACCUCCAAAUGAUUUAAAUCUACAUGAAGAACUGUCUAUUAAUACACCGUUAUAAUCACUGUUGUAUCUUCUUCUUCUCCCAGGCUCAAGCCGUCACCCUCACAGUUGCUCAGGCGUUCAAAGUAGCAUUUGAAUUUUGGCAGGCGUCCAAGGAAGGUGAGUGUGGGAACUUACAUCUGCCUCUCGCUGCCUUUUCGGCACAUCCCAGCCUUCCCUAACCUGAUGCUCUCCAGAUGUUUUGCUUCCAUCAUCCCUUACUGUUGGCCAUGCUCCCUGGGGCUGAUGGGAGUUGGAGUCCGACAACAUCUGGAGGACACAAGGUUGCAGAAGGCUGAUAUAUCCAGAAAAUGUGUAGCUGGUGUAUUUUGUGUGUGUGUGUGCACGCGCGCCUUUUGUUGUUGUUGUUUGACUUUUUCCCUAGGAGCAAAAUGGUCUUUUUACCCCUCCACUUUUAAAAAUCAAACAAACAAAAAACCACCAACCAAGGCUCAGUCAAUAAAAUUUCAGAUUACUUUGCUCAUCUAAGCACAUGCUUGUUUAUUUAUUAAGUUGCUGUUUCACAGUUUUUACGGUAUAUCCUGCUUGAUUGUUAAAAAAAGUGAUUUACAAAAGGAUAAAACAAUGAAAUUAUCAGUAAAGAUCUGUUAAAAACAACCAUUUGAAACAUUCAGAAGUAAUUAGCAUCAGCUAAAAAACACAUUAAACUGCACAACAGCAUUCUACAUAUCUGGAUAGACUUGCCUAAAUAAAAAUGUUUUCUCAAUUGGGAACCCCUGAACUAGUGCAUUUGAGGACAGAUAUUCCUGGUCUAGGAAUUUUGGGUCAAGGGUGGCUUCCCAGUACUUCAUAGCACUGUCCUGAGGGAACUUUUCAGGGAAUCUCACCAUGUGCUACCAUCUCCUGCGCCUGGGUUUAAAGUCUCAUGCCUCCCUACUCAUCUGCUGUUACCCAGAGGUCUCUUCCCUUAAAUUAUACCAGCAACCAUCCCCUUCCUUGCUUUUAUGCCUAAAAUGGCCUCCCAGAACACUGAUGCAAUGCCACUUCACUCUUCCCUCCUCAAAGCCCACUUCCCCCAAGUGUUUUUCUUAACCCUCAGAUUUGAUCCCUAAUGGAAAGAAAGGCGUGAAACAGAUGUCUUUCCUGUCAGGCAAGACUCACACAUUUUUCUGCUACAUCUUUUCUCCUUCACUUCUCUACUGAGAUGCAUGUCUGUCUUUGCAGCAUUGAUCUGCAUGCAUACACACACUCAAGCACACGAUGCUUCAGGCAGGCUUUUGGUGGAGCUUCUUAACUUUUUUUUCUCAGGCACCCAGCAUGUUUAGCUAUUUAAAUAAGCAUUUGUACCGCUCUCUCUCUUUUUUUAAUUUUCAAAACUUUACUAUGAAGUUAAAAUUAUAGCCUGGUAAGAGAUUUAGAAUAAAAACAGAAAGGAAAAGAAUGGAGGGUGGGGGAGAACUUCUACAAAACAAAAACAGCUUUCACAGACAUUACCACGUAAAAUAAAAUACAUUUUCAAGGGACUACACUAUAAAUUAGAUGCUACAACAAAAACUAACCUGAUACAGAGAGAAGACAAAACAAAUGUUAUGAGUACAAGAUAAAAGCCAUAUUUCACCCAGACUAGCCAUUCCCUUGAUUGGCCUGUCAUAUGAGUAACAAAUAGCCACCAAAUGGAGACAAAACCCAUAGGUUUGGCUGCACCCUGGGAUACCUUUGUUUAUGAGUCAUUUUCUUAGAAAUGGCAAUAUACAUGACUAUAUUAAACAAAAAAAGGAAAAACCCAAGUAUUCCUUCCAGCCCUGUGAAAUUUGUGUCUCUCUCUUUUUAAAUAGAAAAGCCUAUUCUUUACAUAUAAGUACAUAUAUAAUAUUUACACACACACGCUACUAUGAGGCACAAAUGUUACUAUGAGUAACAAAACUGAGUUGUUGUUGUUUUAUUCAUGUGGCAUUCAUGUGGCCAUCAUUCUGCCCGGACACUGAGGUCCAGCACCGAGGGUCUUCUGGCGGUUCCCUCACUGCAAGAAGCAAAGUUACAGGGAACCAGGCAGAGGGCCUUCUCGGUAGUGGUGCCCACCCUGUGGAAUGCCCUCCCAUCAGAUGUCAAGGAAAUACGCAACUAUCUGACUUUUAGAAGACAUCUGAAGGCAGACCUGUUUAGGGAAGUUUUUAAUGACCGAUGUUUUAAUGUAUUUUUAAUCUCUUGUUGGAAGCUGCCCAGAGUGGAUGGGAAAACCCAGCCAGAUGUGUGGGGUAUAAGUAAUAAAUUAUUAUUAUUAUUAUUAUUAUUAUUAUUAAUUUAUUUAUUUAACAGUCACUCUUGAAGGUGACUUUGUGAUUGUCACAAGGGCCAGCCAAUCAGUGUUCUGCACCAUCAGUCUUUUCUUGAAACAGGUGCCAGUAGCUUCGAGGUUCAGUUAACUUUUGAAAUGUAUGCAUCUCUGGCCUACGUACAGUGGUACUUCAGGUUACAUACGCUUCAGGUUACAGACUCUGAUAACCCAGAAAUAGUACCUCGGGUUAAGAACUUUGCUUCAGCAGGAGGCCCCAUUAGCUAAAGUGGUGCUUCAGGUUAAGAACAGUUUCUGGUUAAGAACGGACAUCCGGAACGAAUUAAGUACUUAACCCGAGGUACCACUGUACCUGUAAUUGCGUUUACUCUCAUUCACCUUUCCCCCCUCCCCAUUCUCCUCUAUGUUUCUUAUAGUCACCUGACUUGCAGAAACUUAUCAAGUGAUGCUCCUUCCAUCUCCUUCAUCUCUCUGCCAGCAGAAGUUUCCCUUGUUUCCCCUUCUUAUUCCGGCCCUUCUGAGGAGCCUGACAGUUGGCAACACAACCCCUCUGCCUCUCCUCCCCUCCGCUAAAAUCUAGUUUGCAAAGGCCAUUUGGGCAGAGGACUUUUUCUUGCUUAUGGGAGCCUGUAAAGCACCGGGUAUAUUGUUAGUGCUGUAUAAACUGUAUAAUAUGAACACAGAAAGCUGCCUUAGAAUGAAUCAUCUAGCUCAGUGCUGCCUGCUCGUACUGGCAGCAGCUCUCCAGGAUUAGCUCUCCUUUUAUCAGCCCUGUGACCUGAGAGCCUUUCAACUGGAAGCAUGGGGAUUUGAAUCCAGGAUCUCCUGCAUGCCAAACACUAGCUGGGCCACUGAGCCACCACCUACAAAGCCACAUUAUAAUAUGCCUCAAUGGGGGAAUAACUCCCUUUUCUCUCUCUAAAAGAAGCACAUGGGUGGUUGCCUAGCAACCACCCCGGCCUAAGGAUAGGGAGACCUGUGGCUCUCCAGCUGUUGUCCAACUAUUGGUGUCCCUAACCAUUAGCCAUGCUGGCUGAGGUGGAUGGGAGUCCAUAAAAACCUGAAGGGUGCUAGAAGGAGCAAGGCGGGUGGUUGCUAGGCAACCUCCCCUCCCAAGUGUUUCCCACCAUUCUCAUCCAUCACUGCCAUCUCACACAGGCUCUGAAGAAAUGCUGGGCCUUCUAGUCCUGGCCAGCUGUGUGGUGCCAGUGGAGGAUAUGUUGAUAACUAGAAACCAUCUGUCCUUUUGUCAGUGAUGGCCUGGUUAGCGCAGCUGCAAGCAAGAUCGGCAGCCUUCCAGGCAGACUGUAGGCUUGAUUGGAUGGCCUUCCCAAGUCUUGGGGUCAUGCCAGUAUGAAAAGGCCCUCCUUGUCGCCUGCACAUGUUCAGCAAUUUGGCACUGGCGAAAGGUUGGUUGCAGGGAGAGAGAUUUUGUUCCCUGGAAACCCCUUUCUCCACUUCGCUGCCCUCCGCACAUUUCCAUGCCUAAGGUAGACAACAAGCAGUGCCCGCCUGCGCGCCAGGAAGCCCAGACCUCUGCAAAUCGAAUCUCCCCCUGCCAGACAUUUACAACAGCCUCAUCCUUGUAAGAGCUCUCUCUGGUAUUCAGUUUGCUUUUGGAAGCUGGGGUUAGACCAUUGGCAUCUGGGAGUUGGGGACUGGUGUCCAUUAUCUCCCUUAAUUAGAUCUUAAUUUAUUUUAACUGUGGCCUCAUUUGUGUUUUAUGUGCUGUUCAGCCACCCUGGGCAAAAGGCAGGAUAAAAAUAUGAAUUGAAAUAAUGCAUCUGUAGCUCUCGAGGCCUUGAGAUAGCACAGUCAAGCAACAUGAAUAAGGUGCUAGAUUCCAAUCAUAUAGGCGCUAAGCCAUCUUGGGGACACUUCGUAUAUGAUGAUUUGCUAUGCAGAGAUCCAUUUCCAUGCAGGAAAGGGCUUGUACUCUGUAUCAGUUGAAAUGAUUUUUUUUUCCUCAUGCCAGGUGAUCAAAUAUGCCAUUUCUGUUCAGAUCACCAUCUGCUGCAGCUGCUCUGGACUGCUCAUUCAUUUUUUUCCUCCUAGUGCUCAUUUAAUUUCCCCCCAAUGCCCCCAAGGUAGGAAUGCUCUGGGGCAUUGUGGGAAAUUAAAAUAGCAGUCCCACAAUGCCCUGGAGUCAAGCUGUGGCAGGGGCACUGUGGGAAAUUUCAGCUGUUGGUGUUCAGAGCAUAGGCAUAGCCAGGAUUUUUGUUGGGGGGGGGCAGGACUUUUGUUAGGGGGGCAGAGCCGAUGUGAUUGGUCAGUUAAGUAGUUCUAUUGCUUUACUUGAUGGGGGGCAGCUGCCCCCCCUUGACUAUACCCAUGGUUCAGAGGACCAUUUUUGCAGGGAAAGCUUUUUAUCUUUGGUGUAGAUAAAUGUUUAUCAUAUGCUACUGGAAUUCUCAAAUUCCCUCGCUGGCUUCCACUGGUGUAGCUAUGUUAUUGAAUAACUAUAUUAUUAAAUCCAGCCCGCUAUUCUUAUUAUUUCUCUGUUAGGUACUUCAAGUCUCUCCAGAGAAUAAAGAAGGCAAUAAAGGGCUUUUUAAUGAAAAAAAUCCUAACAGAGAAAGCCACGCCACUUAAACCUUGGAGCCAAACUCUGCCCCUUGCCAGCCCAGUCAGUGUACUUGUGCUAGAAAUUGUGCCUCCGACACUGCCGCUCAUUUGCUCUGUCCUUACAUUAGGACUGAAGAGGAUGUUGUAAAGCGGGCGGUGGGGGGGGGGGAACCUUUUACAGCCUGGGUAUGCUGGGUAGCUUUCCAAGGGCCCCAUCCCAGUGGUGGACGGGGCCAGAGGAGAAAGUGAGCAGAGCAAGAAGAAGUGUAAAUUUAACCUUUUGGUACAGUAGGCUACGUUUCUACACACACUCACACACCCCUCUCUGGCCUCCAUCCAGACAAGCAAGCGACAUUGUCAGAGCUGAACAACACAUUCCGGCCAGACAAAAGCACUUAAGGAGGAUGUGAAGCAGGGCCAGUAGGGGGCAUGGCCUGGAGAGCAUCCCAAGAGACCUAAAGGGGCUGCAUUUGGCCCACAGGCCAGAGGCCCCUCACCCCAUUGCAAGGUGUGGAAGCAGCUUCGUGGCUUGCUAGAGAAAUCAGCCUUUAAAACUUAGCCACAAACUAAACGGUGUAUUGGUCUGUCUUGUGUCCCCACCACAGAAAAGCGGGAAAAGGCCAUCUCGGAAGGAGAAAGCACCAGCAGUCCAAGUUUGGAUAGUUCUGCCUCAUCAAAAGGAAGUAAGUGACUAAAGAAACAGAUUCAAAUGAAAUGUGGGGUGAAAUUGCCUGCCUUGUGUACCAUGCCAGCCCGCUAGUCUGUCUUGCCCAGUACCUGCAGCCUCUCGCCAGGGUCUUCAGCUGCAGAGAUACGGCAUCUGCUCUGCAUUCAGAAGGUCCUAGGCUUAGUUUGGUCAGAAUCGGGAAUACACUUCCAGAGUUAACACUAGAUACAUUGCUUCUGGUAAAUGAGCCACCAUAGUUGCUAGAGGGCCGUGAAAAAUUGUGUCCUGGGCUUUUUAGACUUGUUGGCCCAUGUACUAUUUGAAACCAAAGGGGCGCAUUGGUUGCCAGAUUUGAAAUAUAUUGGCAUUAUUUUCAGCUCUCCUAUCCUGCUAAUAGCGUUUUCUGCUCCCUCCCCUUUUGUCACUCAGUCCAAAUUGGGCUCUUCACUGCCAACAGCCCUCCCCACCCACUCAAAGGUUUCCCCCCCUUUUUUCUUUUUUAAAUGAAUUGAUUUUAAAAUGUUGUGUUACUUUUAUUGUUGUUAGCCGCUCUGAGCCCGGCUUCAGCUGGGGAGGGCGGGAUAUAAAUAAAUUAUUAUUAUUAUUAUUUAUUUAUUAUUUAUUAUUAUUAAAUUCUGGAAACAUUGAGAUUUAUCCAAGCCUGCUAAAACCUCCUGAUGCCUGGGUGGUACCUUUUUAGCUGCAUAAGGAACAGCACUCACAGUCCAAACACUGAAGAUAGAGACAGUUAUGAACUGUUCCUUUCUUAAGGUCCCUCUCUUGCACACAUACACAAACGUUCACCAUACAAGUCUUGCAGAAACUAAAGACAGGGUGUGGGUGGGUACAGUUCCAUCUCUGGUUGUCAGUGGUCUCUAGUAACUGAAAAUCCUUCCCCCUCUCCUGGAGACACUCAGAUUAAGGUGCAUGUCAUGUAUACAGAUGUCACUGACCCCCUGAUUGAAAUCCAUCAAGGACUUAGCAGUCCUUUUGACCUCUGCGACUCCUCCAUCAUGCAUCCUACGUGCCUGUUAUUCCUCAGGGAGGCGAAAGGAAGGGGGAGGGAGGGAGGGAGGCAGCCCUCCACACUCCUGCAAGCAGCUUUCUGAAAACCGCUCCCAGGGACCCAUUAAAACUCUUAGCGGUCUGGAUUGUGCAGCUUGCAAAAAUGGGGUCAUGCCUUCCGAGUAUUGUUUUUAAGCUAUAUCCUCCUUGCAAUUGUCUGGUGGCAAAGGCUAUCUUCUAAAGCUUGCGUGGCACAAAUAGCCUCAAAUGAACUGGCGGGGCAGGGGAGAGGGGGGCAAAGAGGGGACAGCCUGUCUUCUUCCCCUCCUGGCGGGUGAGAUGCUGCAAAGUGGUACUGAGGAAGUCAUCCAUAAAAGGGGCUCCCAUCCAAAGCGGCUGCGUCGUAUUGAUCCGCAUGUAUAUUUGAUAGGGAAGAAAUCCUCUUUAACAUCCACUCCAUUCCAAAAAUGCCUCUCAGGGUAGCACAGAUAUAAGUCGACGAAAUGGCUGGCUCUAACGGGCUGGAUAAACUUUCCGUGCCCAGAAUCUUUAAAUCUGACCUCUGCUUUGGCUUUGUCCAAUAUCUUUGAAUCUGGAGUUUGGGUUUUUUGUGGGUCUUUCAGCCGAUUUCAAAGUAGUUAACCUGCCUCUUGACAGAGGCGGAUGUUGCUGAAUCUUUGGUUACAGGUGCCUUCUGAGGUUCUGAAGGAAGGUCUGCAGCUCUGCCGCUUGCUCUGCAUGCCAAAGGCCACCCCCCCAACUUAUUUUAUUAAUUUAUUAUUACAUUUAUACCCCACCUUUCCUCCAAGGAGCUUGAGGUGAUGUGUGUGGUUCUCUUCCUCUCCAUUUUUAUCCUCACAACAACCCUGUGAGGUAGGUUAGGCUGAGAGACUGUGGCUGGCCCAAAGUCAUCCAAUGAGUGCCAUGGCUGAGUGGGGAUUUGAACCCUGGUCUCCCACUACACCACGCCAGCAGCAAUCCCCAGCAAGAUUCCCUGUCUAAAACCCUGGAGAGCCACUCAGUGGAGGCAAUAGAUCAGGGAUGGGGGAACCUCAGGCCUGGGGACUGAAUGUGGCCCCCCGUGCCUCUCUGUCUGGCCCUUGGGGGACACACCCUCCCAAGCUGCACCCUAAACCAGCCUGACUUUGCAACCUUUUUUACUGUUUUUGCCUGGAUGGAAUUUGUCCUCGAACACUGAUAAUGUUCUUGGCAUACCUGCAUGGAGGACAGAGAUAGGAUGUGGCAGUGUGAAGAAACUUGCCUUCUGUGCAAAGGUAACAUUCACAUUUAUUUGGCCUUUGGCCUUGCCCACCAUUGCCAUGUGGCCCCUGGAAGCUUCCCCAUUCCUGCUGUACAUGACUGCUCUAGGUAUUUUGGUGACUAAGGUGGUAUGAAUCAACAGGUAGUCCACACAUUAAGUCACUUGGGACGUGAUGCCUCUCUGUGAGGCCCUUCUUUGUGUGCCCCCUCCAUGGGAGGUUGGGAGGGCAGCAACACAUGAUUGGGCCUUUUCAGUGGUGGCCCCCUCUUGUGGAAUGAUUUCACCUUGGAGGCACUCCUGGCACCCACUUUGUUUUUUUAUGUGCCAGGCAAAGGGCUGCCCCCUCCAUUCCACUUGUCACAUGCUUAGAAAACACAGGUCCAAACAGUUUUCCACUUGCCCCAUGCUUUUAAGACACAGAUCCGAACAGUUUUGCUUUACUUUCCCCCCAGAAAACCCACUCUUUAGCGGUAAAUCAGAACAAAGAGCAAUCCACGGAAAACCCAUUGCCAUUUGCUCCAAUGCAGUGCUAUACCACAGGUUUUUCCAGGGACAAAUGGAACUGCGAAUGAGCCCAAAGACUUUUCUCCUUACCUUCAUGCAGCACAUAGAUAAACUAUGGAAUUCAAGUGAUGGUCAUCAACUUGGAUGGCUUUGAAAGAGCCAUAUCCUCCGUGAAUCCUAUCAAUGGCUAUGUUCUGCCUUCAAUGGCAGAUACAAUAUGCCUGUUAAUGCAAGGGACUUGCAAGCAGGGCAAGUUGCUGUUGUGCUCAGGUCCUGCUUCUGGGCUUCCCAUCAGAGUCUGGUUGGUCACCAUAACAAACAGGAUGCUGGACUAGAUGGGCUUUUGGUCUGACCCAGCAGGCUUUCCUUAUGUUCCUGUUGUGUGCACCUCACACCGAGAUUAAGCUAGCACAGAAGAACUUUCCUAGUGAGUCACGUCACAGGCGAGACACAUCUGCCUCUUUCUCACUCUGCCAUCCUUAAUGGCACCCAAAAUCUGCCAGCUGACAUCUCCCCCUCAGCUUGACUCUUCAUGGAGGAGCCCGCAGAUGAAUUGGUGCCCCGCAGCCUGUCUCCAAAAACUCCCAACUCCUGUGCAUCGUAAAGGAUUUCUGCAAUUUAAAUAUAUGCUUAUUUGAAAGAGAGAGAAAACAGAAAAGUAGGACAUACUGCCAGUGGAAUGCAAAGAUGUGUUUUCCUAAAAGGUCCUGCAGGAAUUUUCAUUCAUCGGAAAAGCUGAAGGAUAUUAAAUCGAAGCAGGGUAGACUGGAAAGGGGUACUGUGUUGUGCUCAGGUCAGAGUAAAAAUGGGAUCAAUGUGGUUGCUCUGCAGUGGGAGUGGAGGAUGAUGAUUUUCUGGCUGAAGAGGAUGAAAUAAAUAUCAUUCUACAGGCCAUUAGGACUCCAUCUACAGGCCAUUAGGAGAGCCAGUGUGGUGUAGUGGUUAAGAGCGGUAGUCUCGUAAUCUGGGGAACCGGGUUCGCGUCUCCGCUCCUCCACAUGCAGCUGCUGGGUGACCUUGGGCCAGUCACACUUCUUUGAAGUCUCUCAGCCCCACUCACCUCACAGAGUGUUUGUUGUGGGGGAGGAAGGGAAAGGAGAAUGUUAGCCGCUUUGAGACUCCUUAAAGGGAGUGAAAGGCGGGAUAUCAAAUCCAAACUCUUCUUCUUCUUCUUCUUCCAUCUCAGAGCCUGGUUUUAAUACUGCUGCCUGGAGCUUGUGAAGUAGUAGUAACAGAGUUAUCUCUGAUCUUUCUCAGAGUGCCUAUAUCAGUCUCCAAUGACAAGCCAUGCUCAGUCUGUUCCCUCCAAAACACGCAAACAGGCCACUUCCACACCAUACAUUUAAAGCACUGUCAGACUACUUUAACAGUCGUGACUUCCCCCAAAGCAUCCUGGGAACUGUAGUUUGUUAAGGUGCUGAGACUUGUUAGGAGACCCUUGUUCCCCUGACAUAACUUCAAUUCCCUGAGUUCCCAAGGAAGAGGGAUUAAUUGUUAAACCACUCAGGGACAAGAAAAUCUUAACAUUUCAAAAGCUAUUAAAAAAACCAAAUACGUACAUGUCUGUGCUAAAAGGUCAGCCCCCACUCAUAUGUCAGAGGACCCAAACAGCUUGGUGGCAGCUCCUCCUUAUAAAGCUGCUGGGAUGAAGCAGGUGGAACAUGUUGUCCCUAGAUGGUUCCAAACAAUCUCUCCCCUAUAGCCCCAUAAUCAAGUGGUAUAUAAAUUUUCUAAAGACCGACUGAUGAAUCCAAGAGAUGUUGCUAUUAAAGGCCAUACAUGAUGGAGAGGAAUCCUCUAAAUUAGGUGUGGAGAACCCUCUUACUGGACUACAAAUUCCACCAUCCCUGACCAUUGGCCAUGCUGGCUGGGGCUGGUAGGAGUUGGAGCCCACCAACACCUGGAGGCCCAAAGUUCCUCCAACCCUGCUUACAAGCCUUUUCUCUCCUACGCCUCAUCUCCUUUAAUUCCCCCUUUCAUUUCUGUCCACCUGCAGCAGUCACCACAGGGAACCUGCUAGACCUAGAGAAUGUUGCUAAAACUCCCUUGACUGUCAAUGCAAACUCCACGCAGUCAGAUGGAAGCAUCUUUGGGCCACAUUCAUCAGAAAACAACAACGUCAUGUGGGUAAGUGUGUCGAGUGCGCAUACUACAAUCUUGGUAAAAUGUGCAGGAGGAAGAAUUCAAGUGUUACUGUGAGGAGGAGUGAGGAAGCUUUGGCUUGCAGUUUAGAUUAACUGCAGUUUAAGGUUCAGACAAAGCCCUAAACUGUGGUAAAUGUUAACUGUGGUUUGUUGAAACAAGCAGUUUCAUAAGCCAUCAAACUAUACAUCAUAUUAAGCCACAGUUUCUUGGGUCAGAAGACCUGACAAGCUAUGAUUAAUCAGAAGCUUCCCGGCUCCUCCUUGUCAGGAGGAGGAAAGGAAUGUGAGAGCCCGCUGCUCAUUCUCAUAAUGAGCAUAGUUAAUAUGACAUCUGCCUGGUGGCAUUUAUCUUUCUCCUGGCGGCGAUGUAACACAAAGAUGCAGGGGAAACAGAGUGAUAGAUAAGCAAGGGACAUUGGCAGGGUGCACUAGUCCUGGGAUAAAUAGGGUGUAUGUUUGCAUGUGGAGAAAGAGAAGAUGAAGAAUGGAUGGAAGAAUGAAUGGCAUGUAUGAAAGAAAGAAAGAAUUGGAUGAAUGAGGUAUGUGUGCAUAGAUGAAGCUUGUGGUGUCUGUGUAUGAGAUAAUGGAUAAAUGGAUGAAGAAGGGAAGAGAGAGAGGGCAAGGGGAUGGGAGGGAGAGAAGGGGGUAUUGCACUUCUGGCUUUGGCCCCACCCAUAGCCAACUGUGACACUGCCCCCCAUGGGACUGCAACCCCUGACCACUUUUGCUUGAGGGAACACGGUCCCCAACUUCAAAAGGUUGGCCCAUCACUGGUCCACGCUGAUAGGCAGCAGCUUCAGAUGAAGGGAGGUAUACAAAUUUAAUAAAAAAUAACAAAAACUUCCCACCGAGGAUCCCCUGAUUUUGGUCAUUUUAUUUCAUUCAUAAAAGAUUUCUUAUCUACUCUUCAUAAUGAUCCAUGGAGGGUUACAACAGUAUACAAAUAUAUAAAGAGAUAUAAGAACAAGUGAAACCAUUCCAGAUAGAAUAGACUGGACUAAGUCUCCAAGGCACCCCCUGGUCCCUCAGAACAUUUUUCAAACUACUGCUUUCUGUAGUCAUUGUCGUCAUCCCCCUUAUACACACACUUCUUUUUUAAGAAAUUGCAAAGAAAAUGCAAAAUCCACCCUGUAAUGCUUGCAUGCUAGCUGGGAGCUGGGUAACUGUCAUUUCAGAUUGAUCUAAUUUUCCUCCCCCUUCUCUUUAUAACAAAGGCAAUGGACGACGGACUGGAUGAAGCUUUUUCAAGGUAAUUUUCUUAAUUUGUUUCACGAGUGUCUUUCCACCAGGGGACUGCCCAGGAAACAGACUUGAUUAGUGACUGCUCUUAAAAAAAAAAAAAAAUCAUUUUAAUGUUUCUAAUCAAAAUUGUCUGCUGUGCUCUGACCCUUUCAGAAGUGCUCUGUUUGCCUAAUUGAACGAUGGGAUUUGCAGCCGCCUGGAUAAGUCAAAUAUUUUGAUAACUUCUUAGGGCAGGAGCUAAUUUGUGCAUAAGGUGGGGAAUUAAACUCCCUAAAUGAUGUAGCCCUGGCUAGAAGAUGUUUGCCAUAUGCAUGAGCAGAGGUAGCAAAUUGAAAAUGCAGUAUUUCAGAUCCCCACCUGCAGACAGAGGGGUACCUCUGUACCCUUGACAAGGAGCUCUAUCAGCACUUCCUCCCACCAAAAAAAGAAUCACUUUACCACAGUAGCCACAUUAGAAAUCACAACAUUUUACGCGACCCACGUCCAGGGUGAGGGCGAGGCAAGGAGGAAGGGAGAAAAAUAUUGCACGCCUUUGUGCUGCAGUAGGAGAAGAACAAGAAGUUUCUUCCAUGUUUUUAUUUCACUGCAAUAGCGGCAGUGCGUCACCAGACACAUAAACGUCAGACACUUCAUAGUCUGAUAGGUGAUUUUUGCACCCCCAGAAAUGGAGGUGGUGGAGGAGGAGGUAUUUGGCCCACUGGCUGGUUUCUUAAAGGAUGGGAUGCAGGGACUGCUAGCUACCACUUCUUCUGGUGCCCCUUGCCCACCCUCCAGAGGUCCUCAGCGGCUGCUCCAAAAUCAUUCCUGUAAAUUGUCUGGAGCGGGAUUAUCAAAAUGGCGCCCUUCUCCACAAACCUCUGAGCCUCCCUCUCACUGCUCACUUGGUCAUGAGGUGGUGAGGGUGGCUACAUUUUUCCUCCUUGAAAAGUACAUAGAGCUGAUGGAAGAAGUUGGAAGAGGAACACUCUUUCUCACUUCCUCUUCCAGCUCUAUGUCUUGUCCAAGACUGAUGAAUUCUGUUGGAUCCAGCUUUUAGCCAGAUACCUUGAGAAAACAGUGUGUGAGUGUGUCUGUAUGUGUACAUGCUUUCUUUCUCUCUCUCUCGCUGUCUGUCUUUGUCUCUCAGACAUGGUGUGUGUGAUCUGGUGGCAAAGGGAGAAGUGAUCAUAGCACUUGCUCAAAAUUCCAAAUAUGACCACAGACCUAAAAUGUUUGGCGGUCCCUGACCUGGCUCAGUGUGUGGCAGCUUCCUCUGGCUCUGUGUUCCGUAUGCAUGGCCACAUCGGUGUUUUCUCAAGUGAUGUUAAAAGCACUUGUUAGAACUUCCCGGGUGUCAUUUCUGAGUGUGGAGUGAUGUGCAGAGAUUCUCCUCCUGACAUAGAGAAGCAGGGCAACCUGGGGCCACCCAGCAAAACAACAGCAGUAACAACCAAGUGCCUUAAAAAUUAGGUGCCUAAUAAAAAAAAUAAGUAUGUAAUUGGAGCCUGGCUGCUGGAUGAAACCAAAGGCUCAUUCUAGUCUAGACUCUUAUUCUCAGAGAGGCCAGCCAGAUGCCUGUGGGAAACACACAAGCAGGGCAUGAGCACAACAGCUCUCUCCCCGCUUCUCAUCCCCAACAACUGGUAUUCAGAAGCAUUGCUGCCUCCGAAAGUGGAGGUAGGAGAUGCUGACAGCUUUAUCCUCCUUGAUACAAAACCCUAAACAUGAAGUUUUGCAUUGUACUCAGGAGCUAAGGUCCAAAAUCUCAGAGAUCAGGUUCAUUAAAAACCACAAUGCACCAUUAAUGCAACCCUUAAAAUGUAAGGCUUCAUUUAAAUGCAGUACUGCAAGCAGUUGACCACCAUUAAGGCUGAAACAGCGUAAAGUAUUUAUUAUUAUUUUUAAGAUGAAGCAUUGAACUCGGAGCUUUACUAAUGCAGAAGUAACGAAAUGUACAUGUUUGUCAUUUUUACAAACACAUUUGGGCAAGCUUGUCAGCGUACAGUGUUCUCUGCAGAAAAAGAGACAGCCCUGGUUGCCGGAUGGUGCUGGUUCUCCUCUGUGGUGCAGCUUGAGAGGGGCACAGAAGAUGAAUCCAAACAGAACAAGUUAUUAGCAGAGGGACGAGACCCUCCGGCCUGUGGGAGGGGGCAAAUGUGGCCCUCCAGGCCUCUCUACCUGGCCCUUGGGAGCCUCCCCAAGCUGCACCUCCAUCCUAGACAAAAUUCCCUCUCCUCAAUCCAUACCCCUCACUUACCCAGCUUCAAGUCUUUUUGUCUGGAGGGGAUGUGGACAGUGAGAAUGCCUCUUUUUGUCUGGAUGGAGAGGGUGGGGUGUAGAAGCCUCUGACUUUUGCAGGGUUGGAAUGUAGCCUGCUGUACAAAGGCAAGAGCUGCAUUUCUUGCUCCUUCUACUUUUUGCCUCUGCCCGUGCUUACCCCUGGCUUGCAGCCCCUAGAAGGUUGCUCCGAGUGAAAAAAUGCAGCCCUCUGACUGGAAGAGGUUCCCCAACCCUUGUGGGAGAGCAAACCCCUCCUCCCCCCCAAAAAAUCUCCCAGGCUCAAAGAGCAGACAGAAAUUCACUAGUCUCAGAAUUUUCUGACAUUUUUUUAAAAAAUGAUUACCGUAUUUUUUGCUCUAUAAGACUCACUUUUUCCCUCCUAAAAAGUAAGGGGAAAUGUGUGUGCGUCUUAUGGAGCGAAUACAGGCUGCGCAGCUAUCCCAGAAGCCAGAACAGCAAGAGGGAUUGCUGCUUUCGCUGCGCAGCGAUCUCUCUUGCUGUUCUGGCUUAUGAGAUUCAGAAUAUUUUUUUUCUUGUUUUCCUCCUCCAAAAACUAGGUGUGUCUUGUGGUCUGGUGCGUCUUAUAGAGUGAAAAAUACGGUAAAUUGUAAAGGGUGUAUGGUGAUAUGCUGUGGCUUCUGUUGAAUCUGAGUUGUGCUGCCUUCUGCCCUGAGUGUAGCCUGAAAUACUGAUCCCUAGGAGCAGGGAGUGGUCCUUUCCUCUCCUUAUAUGCAUGGCUCUGUGGGGAGCUGGCUGUCUCCUGCUCCUUCUCCUCUACCCACCCACCUCCAUCUUCAUAACAGCCAAAGGGGACAAAUUCAAUUCAGUUCACAUUAAAGGCAAGCCUGCCUGCUUGGCACUUUCAGAAACCAUACAGAAACCAAAACACAGCCAUGCUUCAAAAUUCUCAUUUCUCAAAAUUUUGCAAUUCUGUUCUCCAGCUAAGUAAUGUGUACAGAAAAUGCAUAAACCAGGAACAUAGGAAGCAGACUUUAUACUAAGCCAAUUGUGCAUCUUCCUCAGUAUUGUCCACAUUGACCAGCAGCAGUUCUUCAGGGUAAAGUGUGCUCCAAAAUUAAUAGGUUGGUGAAGAUAACAUACAAAAAUGCAUUAUAUUAGGGAAGUUGUAUUUGCAAUUCUAUGUAUGUUAGGGGAAAUCGCAUAGCAAAACAUCUGUGCAUUAGAAGAAAGGUGCCCCGAUACGCAGAUAAUUUUUAUGAGGACUUCUUUUUUGGGGGGGCGAGGCAAACUGAUUUGGAAAUGUGAACUGAAGCCUGAAAAAAUGAGAAACAAAAGCCUGAAUCAUCAGAUUUGCUCAUCCCUACAUGGGUCAUUCAGUGACUGAAUCUCCCCACUUUGGAGAAAAGGGCUUAAAAGCAGCCACAGGUUCCUCUAGUUUAGAUCAGGUUGUAGUGCCAGGGAUAACUCUUCCCUGUACCAUUUCUAUGACAGAAGCCUGCUAAUAGCAACACCUCUGCUUAUUGCCUUCUCCAUAGCUAACAGCAGCCUGCAAAAGGGAGGGGGAUUUUAAGUGGAACCCCUAAACUGCAGCAUCCUAAGUGCAACAGUCUAUCUGGCCCAGUCUGCAACCAUUCUUUCUAUUUCCCACAUACUCAGUGUUUGCAUGAGAAGGUUAACAGUGCUGCAAUAAAGUACCGGUAAUCCUAAUGGAUAUGCAAGUAGAACUUCUGGGGGGUGUGUGUGUGUGUGUGUGUGUGUGUGUAAUCUCCCUUGCCCCGAAAUUUCUGGUGAUGCCAGCAGACGCUGAACAAUUGGGAUUGCUGCUGCCAUUUCCAAUCCCUUUGCCAUUGUGCUGCUGUCCUGAGGAGUUAAGAUUCCUGAUCUCGUCUCCAGAAACAUCGAGUGCUGCCAUGAGCAACUGGAAUUUAAUACAGACAGUGCUGGAGAGACGUUGUGGCGGCCUGUCCAUACAAAUCGCCCCGCAGGGAGGCAAAUUGAGACUUUCCAAUGUGGCACUUCGUAUAUAUAUAUUUGCUGCUGCUGCUUUUGGUCAGUGUGGCCUUUUGCCUGUGAGAUGUGGCCUCAGCUAAUGAUAUGUCAAGUUCCUGCUAGAGUGAGUGGUCUGUGCGUGGGUACAGACUAGCAGGGAGUGCCUGGCAUUGCUUGGAAAUUCAAAGAACACACCCACCCCCGUGUGAAUUUUAAAUAAAUAGGGUAAUUUGUGAGUUUGGGAACUGUGCAUACACAGAGAGAGAGACAUACAUGGCUCAUUGCAUUCAACAGCAUCCAAACAUCCAACCAGAUCGCCCUGGGAUGCCUGCAAAUGCAACAGCACCUCUCCUAUCUUGGACUUGGCAGAAACUGGUAUUUAGAGGCAUACUGCAAAAGGUCCAUCCUGCUUUUUACCACUGCCAGUUAGAUGUCUCGGGGAACAUGGGUGUAGCCAGGAUUUUUGUUGGGGGGGGCAGGCCUUUUGUUAGUUGGGCAGGCCUUUUGUGGGGGGGGGACCUCAACUAUGUAUUUUUAUUGAUUUUUAUUGAUUGGGGGCAGCUGCCCCUCCCUGCCCCCCCCCCGGCUACGCCCAUGUCUGGGAAGCACACCAGCAGCAGGCUUCCCCCAUGGUUCCUUCCAAACACAGAGGUUCCUGUUACCUGUCAUCAUCACCACAUUGUGUCGCAGAGAAGUCCAUAAGUUGGUUCUUCUGGAUAGAAUCCAGAAGGGACCUGCAACCAACACCAGAUUUCCCCUUUGGUAUCCACUCUUGAGAACAGAGCAUUUUAGAGCUAGUUAUCUGACCAAACUCUCACCAGUUUCCUUAAGAAAUGCCUUUAUUGAACUGCAUUUCCAAGCGAUGCCCACUCAUUCUUGGUUGGUUGCUACAACAAGGUUCCAUAUGCAGACACAUUUUUAUUUCUGAUCAACCUCAGGUGGAAGACAUCACUCAUUUUCCAUUAGCCUUCUAACCCCUUACACAGAGACCAGAUAGAUCGCUUUCUGAACCUUUGUUCACACCAACAAGCAGGUACACCCCAGCAGAAAUAGUUCAGUUUCUUUUGAGUGACAAUAAUAGCUUUGUAGCAAACAGUGACCCUCUAUGCACUAGCUGGGGAAAAAAAGGAAAAAGGACUUCGAUAAAAUUGCUAUAAAUCAUUGUCACACGAUCAAAGCCUAGCCUGCCUCACAGAGCUGUUGUAAGGAUAAAAUGGGACUACGGGGCAGAACCAGGCAUGCCACUUUGAGCACAUUGGAGGAAUGGCAGGAUAUUAAUGUAAUAAAUGACAGAAAGGACUACACCACUUUGUACUUGAAAGGGAGGACUCAUGUUUUUGGAAUUCUGCUCUGUGUUGAAACACUCCGCGUCAAUAGGAUACCAGGAGGACCAGCAUGCAAAUGCCUGCAUUAGAACCUUUCUCCCUGAAGAGCUGGCUUUCUGCUUUCAGGGUUGCCUACUCCCUACCCUGGGGAGGAGAGGGACAUUCAGAAGUAACCCUCACUUUAGUCAGAAGUGGUCCCCCUCCUUUACUAUACCUGUUGACAUUUCUCUCACUCCCCAUCUCUGGUGGUGGUCCUGCAUACACAACUCUCUCCAGGUCCCUUCACAGGGUUUCUUCUUCUUCCUCUUUCAGACUGGCACAAUCUCGAACUAACCCCCAAGACCUCGACAUUGGCUUGACUGCACAAGAUAUCCAAAGCGCCGAAAUCCUCUCUCCUGUUGACUGGGACAAAGUAGAUUCCUCUACAGUGGCGGGGAAAGACGACAACCUCUUUGGGUUCUGACGUCUUCUCUCUCUCUUUCCUUUUCUCCUGACCAGCUUUUCAAGUUACGUAACCACUGAGAACUUGAUGCACUGCAUUCUGAGUGAUUUUUUUUAACUGGAGGGUUUUGCUUAAGAAGGGUGGGUGAGGCAAACAUCUGAUCCAGAUGGAUGCUAUAAUGUCACCAUAUAACUCUUUAGACCAAAGCUUUAGAUACUUUAAUAAUCUUUAUAUAUAUAAAUAAAUAUAUAUAUAAAUAUAUUUCUUUUUUAAAAAAAAAUCUUUGCUUUUUAUGUAAAUGAUGAGAUACUCCUGAGCAUAUUUAUUCAAGAACCCCUUCAGUUUACAUAUAUUAUGGAAAUUAAGUAACAUUGUCUAACUUAACAUUACAGUAUUAGACUGCUUUUCCCAUUUGAAUACUUGUAGUAAACUGUGAUAGCAUCAGCUGUGUCUUGUGAGGUGGGUGUCGGCGGUGCAACAUCAAAGUGAUCUGAGUUACUUUUUCUAGAAGAGAAGCAGCCCGACAAGGAAGGAGGUUGCUCUGGGGUAGAUACAGUGAGGCAGAGUUGGCUUUCUAGUUGGUUCAAGCAGGGAAGGUUACUAUAGGUUAUGUGAUGCUGCAUUAGGUGGGGAAAUGGCAGGCUGUGGCUCUCUAGCCCUUUUCUCUAUGACCUGCCGGCUCCUCCCACAGGCAUGUUGGUGCCAACCCACAGCAGCUGAGUGAACAGAGCCUAGCCAGAUGAUUUUAAUAAGCAUCAGUAGGGUUGUUUUGGUAGUAAUGGCACACAGGCUGAAACAGCUGCCUAAUCUGUGGACCAGAACUAUUGAAACUACCCUACUGAUCCAUGAAAUCAAACCUGUUUGAUGCCUAGGCCCUUUUCAGAUGCUGUGGAGAAGGGAAGUCGUGAGCCACAUGGGGCAGGGCAAUGUGCAAAUGCUUGGAGAGGCAUGCUCUGCCUCUUCUCUUGUUUCCCACACAGCAGGGGCCACACCGCUGAUAGCAACUUCCACCUCCAGGUAGCCACCAGCCUGGUUUCAUUGUAUCUCGACUUAGCAGGAAAGGACCUCCUGUCCCUGUUGAGACACCAUAGUGAGACUGGAGUAGUGUGCACAGUGUGGUGAACAGGGCUGGCUUUCCAUGUAGACAAUUCUGGGAGGUGGAGGUGGAAUAUAACAUUCUUUUCCCCUGAGAAAUGACAGCCACGUGCUUCGAGCCAGGAAUACAGGAAAUUGACAUCUGAACAUGUCUCAUGAGGAGUCUGUUUGCACCACCCUGAAAUUCCUGUGGAACUGGUCCAAACAUGUGUCAGAAUGGGGCACCAAUGGUUCAUGACCCUCUUUGUAGCUUGAUAUGGGUUGAGCCCAUUGGAAAAUGUUCGUAUAGACAUGCAGGGAGAGGGGCAAUUUCAGCCCCGUGUGGUUUCUACCCAAUCUUAAGCUUCAUGUAUCCAAAUAGCAGUGGAAGUCUUAACUCUGUUCCUGCACUUCAAGCUGCACAUGCAUGGAUCACAUGAGUGGAUGUUCACCAUUUGGUGGGGGUAACAAACUCCAUAUAUAUAGAAAGCGAAUGUUGGGAAGAAGACUUCUCAUUUUGCCUUUUCCCUGACUUACUUCUUUUCAAUGUGUUGGGAAGUGGUUUGGAGAGCAGGUGUUAAAACACGUGCCCACCACUUUCUGUUCUUGGAAAGUUGAUCACUGCCAAUGCCUUUUUAAAAGAAUAAUACUUUAUUGCUUAUUUUAUUGAUUGUAAACUGCUUUGGAGCCCUGUUGUUAAGCAGGAAAGAAAGCAGGCUGUACAUUUUUUAAUCAGCCUUGUAUUUAACCACUUGCCUAAUUGCCACGGGCAAAAGUGAAUUCCGUGGAGGCUAAUCACAGAGACCAACUGAGCUACCAGAGACAGGAUGCAGUAUCUGCACCUCAUCCGCUGGAAAAUUCAUUAGGCUAGUCACUUUUCUGUCCUUAUGUACAAGGUUGUUUUAAAAUCUGAUGUGGCUCCCCAAGCACAUUUUUUCUUCCCCCUUUCCUCAUCCCAGACCCCAUUGAUUUUGGCAAGAAGAAAAAAAUAAAGUAGACUGCUCAGCCCAGUGCCCUGAGGGGGAUGUAAAUCACCCCGUCCACAUCAAUCAGUGUUUUGAUGAGCUAGGGUGGGUGAUAACCCAUUCCUUCACCUGAUCUGUAUGGAUCAUCUCAAACAGGAGUGAGUGCCUGUUUGCAUGUGUGAGAGCUAGUGUGUAUGUGUGUGUGACUGACAGACAGACAGACAAAGACGCAUCCACACCAACUUUUGCCCACACUCACUGCUGGUUUGUGGCCCCCAGAAGGUCACCAGGGAUGAAUGUGGCACGUGGGUCAAUAAAGGUUAGCAUGCAUACAUACAUGGAACAGUUUUUGGCCACAUCCACACUACACAUUUAAAGCACUUCCCCCAAAGAAUGCUGGGAAUUGUAGUUCUGUGAGGGGUAGACUUCAGGUUCCAUGACUGCUGAAGUGCUAUAAAUGUUUGUUAAAUGUAUGGUGUGGAGCUGGUCUUCGCAUGCACCCUCCCCAACAACUGGGAAAGGAAAGAUUCACAGGUGGUUGGGAAAGAGAGAUUGUAACAGGUGAGAUUCUUUGGAAAGCAGCAUGGUAUUGAUCCUUUGUGGUGAUGAACUGCACCAUGCCUGAACAAUAAUUUGAAUCUGAUGUGCUUUUUUUUACCCUUUCCAAAGGGCAGGCUAUAAUUGCACUCCUUUUCUCACUCAAAUAGGUCUUAGCAAAGAGAGAGAAAAAAUAAGGACCAAUGUUUGCUUUUCUUUUUGGUGGCUCCAUCAGAAGCAGGGUCUGUCUCGUUGCAUUCUUCCUGAGCUCUUACUGGAAACAGGGAAAUUGUGUUAGCUGUUAAAAUGAGAAAGAUCAAGAACCGCCUCUUUGAAUUACCAGUGGGCAGUAAUGGGUUCUUUCGUUCGUUCUUCAGCCAGCUUCAGAAGAGAGUAGGCAUACUUUCUCUGAAGACAUAUAGCUUUGCACUUUAAAAGGAAAAAAAACUUGAACCAAAAUUAUGGUUUCAAAUGUCAGAACAGGUUUGUAUGGCUCUGUAACCUUUUUCUCUUUUGCCUUUUGAAAGUACUUCAUCCAAAAACACACAGCAGCUGUUGGAUAUUCUUCCUAAAACUGACCUUUGCUCUUUUGCUGCAGCAAAACUGUUUGAAGACUCAUCCAUCACAUUGAUGGAGAUGCUGAGCAGUUUCACUUAGAUUUCUCUGUAUAUUUGCCAUCUAGGAAGAACUCAAAUGCUGAGGUUUGGCUAGUUGACUAGGCAACAGUGGUCCUUAUAUUUAUUCUUAAACAUCUUUUGUUAAUAUUUGGUAAGUUCUACCAUGGUCCCCCCAUGCAUCCCUCUCAGCCAUUUAAACCGCUAAAUCGAAGGCCGCCAAAUUGGAUUAAAGAAAAACAAUAAUUCCUUUCGGCUUUCUAUUUUUUUAAAAAAAUAAAUGUUAAAUGGCUGUUUAUAAGUGCAUUUCUGUCAUACAUCUUUCCUUCUUCCCACCUGCGUCUCUGACAGAGGCUUAGAAAAUAAAUUCUCAGUCUAAUUUCUCAUUUCAUAAGACUCUGGAUUUAGAAAACUAAAUAAUGGGAGACUCAGGAUUACAGUCAUUAAGAGAUUAUGUUUAACAAUGAUCCUGAAUAGCUGCACUGUGGCACAGUUUGCUGUGUUUGUGGCCUUGUUGGAAAUAUACUAAUCUGUUUUAUAGAUUUGUAGUUGGCUGAUUUCACUUUUCCCAAAGAAUCUUUUUUUAUAUAUAACUCUGCUAAUGCUACAGCUGGGCAAAGUAAAACUUUAAUGAGGCUGACUAUUCAGAAGACAGCAGAUAGAUUAACCUCCGAAACCAGAUAGUUUGGAAAAUUGGCUCUUAUAAACUGUGUACUAAGUUGACCCUGGGAGGAAAAGGUGUUUAAUGAAACUUACUUCAUCUCUCCAAAAAGGCAUCUCUUCUCAGCAUGCCCUGCCUUGUAGCACAAGGUACAAAAAACUAUUCUAUUUGGGUUGACAAUGCAAGGUCAGUUGAAGAUCUCUGCUGAAAAUAUGUAUAUCUAUAUAGACGGUAUCCUCAUCGGUACAAAACUAACUAAAAUUGAACAGAAACUUGUCUUCUACAUGGAGCGGAAUAAGGUGGUAGAAUAGAAUGUUUCACUUCAAGGGAUAGAUGAGGAUUCAAAUUUGGAAUGCUGUCCAUAUUAAAGCAAAAUAAUAAUUCCUGAAGGUAAAUAUCUAGCACGUCAGGGAGAGGGGUUGUUGCCCCACUCACUCUUUGUUUCUACUCACAUGGAGUCUUUCAUGAAGAAUAGGAUUGGGGUGCAGGUGUCUCUCCUGAUAUUACUGGACUACAACUGCCAUCAUGCCUGACCACUGUACAUGCUGGCUAGGAGUGAUGAGAGUUGAUAGUUCAACAUCUGGAGGGCCAGAUAUUCCCCAUCCCUAGUGCAGAGGAGAAUUCACAAAGGUGAUCCCUCCCAACACCCACCGUCUAAUGUGAUGCACUCUGUUUUAUCACCUCAUAUCUCUACCACCUCAUUCCCUUGUCUAUGUUGCCCAGGCUUCAUAUACAGGAGUUUGCUGCAGUUGUUGCUAUAGCAAAGGUUUUGAAAGAAUGGUCUAAGAAGUUUCAUUUUUAUGAGAACAUACCUAUUUUGGAAAUCUCUAGAAAAAAGUGUAUGUAACAUGAACAAUAUAAUGCCUCUGUGUAUAUAGUUAAACAUAUGCUGUAAAAAGUACAUUUGCUGUUGAGAAAAUAAAAAUUCUACCUUUUUUUUCCAGU